AUGGCUUCUUCACACUCUUGCUUGCGUGAGUAGAGGUUUCCAGCACCUGUGUGCCACCCGCUGCCUGUUCCUCCUGCGGUAAGUCGGACACUGCACGCUUGUGUACAGCAUGUGUAAAUAGGUGCCCGAGUCAGUCACCUUACACAAAAAUGACAUCACUAAUCAAAGUGGGAGGUACAAGUAUCUCUCACGUGUGAUACUUAACUGUGAUUGGAAGUUAACUAAUCAGAGUUAACCUAAGAGCAUAUAUACUUACCUUUCCCAAGUCUCCUUGCCCUGUUAUGGUCUUUUGAUAGCCCAAUAGCGUGUAUACUCUGUCCAUUUGUCUGAUUGUCUGGUUAACUAAUCUUGGCUUUUCUUACCAUUUAUCCUGUUUUCUCUAACCCCUGACCUCGGCUUGGCUUAUCGAUUAUUCUGUCUCACUGGUUCCCUCUGACUUUGGCUUGUAUCCUGAUUUCUCUAAGUGUGCACAGCCCGGCCACUCUAAGAACCGGUACUGCACUUCCUGUGUCUGUGUUCUGUCAGUGUGUCUGGUUCCAGAGUUUGUGGUAUUAAAACAGGGCCAUAUGGAACCAGCUGACAUUUCAUGACAAUUCGACAACACGAUUCCAGGAUGGAUAGUCAGGACCACCGUAUAGACCAAUUGACUCAAGCAAUGCAGACCCUUUUACUCUAUACUGCCCACUUGCAACCUGACAUACAGGAAGGUGCUGCUGCUCCACCAGUUUUGAUUCCUGCGCCAGUUAUCCCGGCUCAUACAGUUCACAUGGUGCCGCCAUAGCGCUAUAGUGGUGAUCCGACACUGUGUCGUGGAUUCCUUAACCAGAUCGACAUUAAUCUGGUUAUGAAUCCAAGUUCGUAUACCAGUGACAGAUGUAAGGUUGCAUUUUUAAUUAACCACCUAUCGGGUUGGGCCUUGUCUUGGGCUAAUCCCAUUUGGGAAUCCGGUGUCAUGCUCCCUGAUACCCCAUCUGCUCCCGGACUUCACUCCAGCGUUUCCCACGUUGGCCUCUGGGACUCCGCCACCUUUUAUGACGCUAAUGGCAUCAUGACGUCAUGCACGUGGCGACGUCAUACCGCUGAUGACGUCACGACCCGCCAAAAUGUCCGAAAACAAACAUUUUGGGGGCAUGGCUUUCAAUUUAAAGAACAUGCCUAUAAAAGGCUAGUUCAAACAUAGAGCUUUGCCUUGUUGUGGUCCCUGUUUUGUUCCCAAUGGCGCUUUUGUUUCUGAUUGUUCUUUUUGGCAUUCUGACCUUGGCUUGUUCACUACUCUCCAUUCUCUUGUUCUUGACCCAGCUUUGGUACCUCGACCAUUCUGUUUUCUGGUUUCCUGACUCGGCUGGUACCUCGCUUUCGUACUCUCUAUAUUCCUUGAACUCGGCUUGUCUUUGACUAUUCUCAUUCUGUCUACGUAGAGUCCGGCCAUUCUAAGGUCCAGUAUACGUACUUUAUUUACAUCCUGUUGGGUCUCCUAGGCUUCCUGACAUUACAACAAGGCCAUAUGGACCCUGCAGGUGUAACUGUCUGUGAGGAUAGAUUCACAGACAUGGAUCGCCACAUGGACCAGAUGGCCAUUGCACUACAGACCUCAUUGGCACGGUCAGCAGGUCAGCAGGAAGAAAACCGACCCUCUGUGGCCACACCGGUUUCCACGGGUAUGGAAGUGACACCAUAUGGUACCACCUCUCAUGUCACUCCUGCCUUACGAUAUAAUGGGGCUCCUGAGACUUGUCGUGGGUUUCUUAAUCAAAUAGGUAUCCAUUUUGAGCUGCAACCCAGGGCAUAUCCCACUGAUAGGGCUAAGAUUUGGUUCAUCAUUACCCUACUAAUAGAGAAAGCGCUAACCUGGGCUAAUCCGUUGUGGGAGAAUGACAGCCCCCUAGUUUAUAAUUACUUAGCUUUUAUGGACACCUUUCGUAGGACUUUUGAUCUCCCUGGUAGAAGGGCUAAUGCUGCUAGGUCCCUUCUACGCCUUAAAGGGAAUAAGUCAUUAGUGGAGUAUGCACUGGAAUUCAGGUUCUUGGCUGCAGAGAUAAAAUGGAAUAACCAGACCUUUGUUGACAUGUUUCUUAACGAUCUUUCAGAUACCAUUUUAGACGAGGUAGCUACUAGAGAACUACCUGAUGGUCUAGAAGAUUUGAUAUCAUAUAUCAGCCAUAUAGACGAACAUCUUAGGUAUCAGCAGAAUACUAGAGAAAGACCUAAAGGAGUGUUGAUCCGAUUGGCUCCUUCGUCCAACACUAUAGAAUCUGCAGCCCUAGCACUACCUGAACCAAUGCAAGAACCCAUACAAUUAGGCACAACCCACUUAACAGAGGAAGAAAAACAAUUCCGCAGAAGAGAGGGGUUAUGCUUAUAUUGCGGGGAAAAGGGACACCUUAGACUGGCUUGUCUUAGCCGGCCAGAAAACAUCCGCACCUAAGUUCCUUUGGAGGACAGGCCUUGGGUGUUUCCAUCACGUCCUCCUUAAAAAGAAAUAACAACAUCAGCUUCUCAUACCCAUCACCUUGACCUGGGAAGGAAUCGUUAUACAAACAGUGGCAUUGAUAGACUCUGGGGUCGCUGAGAGUUUCAUUGAUGUAUCCUUCGCUAAUAAGCAUUCCAUUCCUAUAUGGUCAAGAGACACACCCUUGGCCAUAGAUGGUAGACCGCUAUAUAAGCCGGUGACUACUCAUGAAACAGAUUCCCUGCAGAUGCAAGUCAGUUUGUUACAUAAGGAAUCCAUCGUUCUGCUAUAUAUUUUGUCCCCUAUAUUUCCCGUGGUACUAGGGUUUCCUUGGUUACGGUUACAUAACCCAUCCAGCAAUUGGGCUAAUGGGAAGAUAGAUUACUGGAGCGAUUAUUAUUUACAGAUUGUGUGACAACUAAAACACAUUUGUUUGCUUAAUGUUCCGACUACAUCUCCGUUAUCCACUAAGAUACCUGGACCCUAUCUUAGUGUCAAGGAGGUAUUUGAGAAAAGUAGAGCCGAGUCACUUCCUGCUCACCAGUCGUAUGACUGUCCUAUAGACCUUUUACCUGGAACCAUGCCUCCUAGAAGUACCGUAUAUCAUCUUUCACCCAAAGAGAAUUUGGUGUUGGAGGAAUAUAUUAAGUAAAAUUUAAAGAAAGGGUUUAUUAGGAAAUCUUCGUCUCCCACAGGUGCAGGAUUUUUUUUUUCUCUAAAAAGGAGGGGGAUUUUCGACCAUUACCGGGGUUUAAACAGAAUCACAGUAAGGAAUGCAUACCCUAUACCACUGAUCUCUGAAUUCUUUGAUAGGUUAAAACAUGCCAAGAUUUUUACCAAACUCAAUCUUAGGAAUGCGUAUAACCUUCUAAGAAUACGGAAAGGUGAUGAAUGGAAGACAGCAUUCAAUACUUGAUACGGGCAUUACGAAUACACCAUAAUGCCCUUUGGUUUAUGCAAUGCCCCAGCUGUCUUCCAAGACCUGGUUAAUGAUGUUUUGAGAGAUUACUUACAUGAGUGUGUGAUUGUUUAUCUAGAUGACAUUCUCAUAUACUCCAACUCAUUAGAAGAACACCACAGGCAUGUCAAGAAAGUUUUACUCCGUUUACUACAACAUGGGUUGUAUUGUAAGUUGGAGAAAUGCCUAUUUGAUCAAACCCAAAUCAGUUUUAGGAUUCUCUAUGGAUCCUGUGAAGUUAGAAUCCAUAAUCAAUUGGCCUCUUCCUUCUGGACUCACAGUUAUACAACGUUUUAUAGGCUUCUCCAACCACUACUUUUAUCAAGAGUUUUUCUUCCAUCAUAGCUCAUAUCACAGCUAUGACUAAGAAGAUUAAUAAUCCCAAAACGUGGACCCCUGAAGCUAGGGAAGCAUUUGAGUCCUUAAAAUUAGCCUUCUCCUCUGCUCCUAUUCUAGUCCACCCUGAUCCAACCCUUCCUUAUUUACUAGAGGUAGAUGCGUCCGAAACAGGCAUAGGUGCAGUCUUAUCUCAGAGGAAGGGACCAGAUAAACCAUUGCAUCCUUCUGGGUUUUAUUUCAAGAAACUUACAGAGGAGAUAUGAAAUUGGAGAUAGGGAGCUACUCGCUAUCAUCCUUGCCUUAAAAGAAUGGAGACAUUUACUAUAACCAUCUUAACAGAUCAUAAGAAUCUUGCUUAUUUGGUAGAGGUUAUCCGCUGGGCAGGCUUGCUGGUCGCUAUUUCUAACACGGUUUAAUUUUAUCCUCAAUUAUAGACCAGGGUGUAAAAAUACUAAGGCAGAUGUCUUUUCUCGCCAAUACGAACCUCAGAUGAGUCCUUUUAUGAAAAUGUCUACCGUGGUACCAAGUUCUCGUAUUCUUGCUAAUACAAUUCUUAGAAUCACAUCUGAUCUUGUUGAUAACAUAUCUUCAAGACAAAAUCAAACACCAGAAUCGACUACUGUUGAUAAAUUGCUUGUCCCUUCCAAAUAUAGAAUACCCAUACUUACACAUCAUCAUGAUUGUAAAACAGCGGGACAUCCUGUUAUCAAAAAGACAUAUUCCCUUAUACUACAAAAGUAUUGUUGGCCUUCCUUGAGGAAGUAUGUCAAGGACUACGUUACUGCAUGUGACAUCUGCUCAAGAAAUAAACAACCCCAUACUCUCCCUUGUGGCCUGUUACAACCACUCGACAUACCAGACAAACCAUGGAAAAGUAUUUCUAUAGACUUUAUUGUUGAUCUUCCCAUGUCCAAAGGGAGAACUGUCAUAUUAACAAUAGUAGAUAGGUUUUCUAAGAUGGCACAUUUCGUGUCUUUAUCUAAGUUACCAUCUUCGCCUGAAUUGGCAACUAUAUUCUCCAUAGUGGUUUUUCGCUUGCACGGUAUAUCAACUGAGAUCGUAUCUGAUAGAGGCUCGCAAUUCAUCUCUCGGUUCUGGAGGGCCAUUUGUGCUCAAUUGGGCAUUGAAUUAAGUUUUUCAUCCGCCUACCAUCCGCAGUCCAAUGGGGCAGCAGAACGUACAAACCAAAAGCUGGAACAAUAUCUACGAUGUUUCAUUUCUGAGCAUCAAGAUGACUGGGUCGAUUUGCUUCCCUGGGUUGAAUUUGCUCAUAAUAAUUUGGUUAGCGAGGCUACCUAUUUCAGUCCCUUUCAUCUCAACUAUGGUUUCAACCCUCAUGUCCUUCCUUCUGCUCUCUCUUCUCAGGGUAUGCCGUUAGUGGACUUUCAUAUUGAAAACCUGAGAAAUACUUGGGAACAGGCUCAGCUCAUUCUCUCUAACACUUCUCGUUCAUUCAAAUUCUGCUGACAAACGUAGGGAGAAAUCAUGAUCUUCAACCCAUGUGGUAUUAAAUAAGAGUACCUAGCCUACUAUCUGGCAACAACGUUGUUUUGUUUCACCAGUGUACAUUUUUGUCCUCUUACUUUUUUACCUCAUUAUGCUCUAAACAGGAGCACCGUUUGUUGUUUCUAUUUACCCCUCCAGUUCUCCUUUCUCACCAUAAGCUAGGUGGAUCACUACUGUCGCUGGGGAGAGAGACCGGUUGUGUGGGAGUGUCUGAGUGUAUUGUAUGUAUUGAUUGGUUGUACUUCAAAACCCUGUGGGCGGCACUAUGUUUGUAGAAUGGGCAUAAAAGCAGAGUGUUUGAAUAAAAGUUCAGUUCUUCUUCACCCUCAAUCUAGAGUCUUGUCUCUUAAGGGGAGGUAACCGGCUAUAUCACUAUAAGGGAUUGCUAUGCUCUGCAUGCUCCCUUGAAUAUUCACUUCUAGGCUCUUGUAAGAGCUUGUUCCUGGUUUGCUUUCUGAAGGAGUCUACGGUGGUUAUGGUGUCUGCUGGAGUGCUUGGAGCCCUCAGGAAGCGCUAGGAGCAUCCUUCAAUGGAGGUACCCAGUCGGGGUGCCAGGUGAUCCAUUACAUUGGUGGCAAGCGGUGGGAUGGCAUCCUAGCGCAAGGAACAGCACCCUGGAGACACUGACUGGUAUCUUAUGAGAGGUUAUUGAGGGCAACGCUAGCCACUGCGCAGCGUCCCUAACUACAGCAGCAUGGAGCGAGCAAGACCCUGGAUAGAACCCCUUGAAGAGCACCUCAACCUGAUACGUUGCUACGAGGGCGACGCUUACCUUGAGGAGGUAAAGAGGCGGUUAGACUUGUAUGGCCCAGACACUUCGAACGAGGUGGUCUUCCAAGUAAUGCACCAGUUGAGUGCUGAGAACCAUGCGGCAAUGGACUUUGAGCAAAAACUCUGGAGGUUGAGGAUAUGAACACUCAGUCUCCAGCGGCAGUGUGUGUCCCAGGGAGCCGAAGGUGCCAUCCUUCUUCCCCAGCGGCAGUGUGAGUUCCAGAGAGAGGAGACAACUGGUCUCUCUCCCCAUCGGCAGUGUGUGCCCCAGGGAGCCAAAGGUAUCGUCCUUCCUCCCCAGCAGCAGUGUGAAUCCCAGGGAGCCAAAGGUCCUUCCUCCCCAGCGGCAGUUUGAGUUCCAGGGAGAGGGGACAACCGGUUUCUCUCCCCAGCGGCAGUGUACGCCCAGGUAGCCCAAGGUGCCGUCCUUCUUCCCCAGUGACAGUGUGAGUUCCAAGGAGCCGAAGGUGUCAUCCUUCCUCCCCAGCGGCAGUGUGAGUUCCAGGGAGCCAAAGGUGCCAUCCUACCUCCCCAUCGGCAGUGUGAGUUCCCAGGAGCCGAUGGUACCGUCCUUCCUCCCCAGCGGCAGGGUGAGUUUUAGGGAAAGGAGACAGACGGUCUCUCUCCCCAGCGGCGAAGUAUUGUAUUGGGAGUGGAGACAAUCGGUCUUCCUCCCCAGCAGCAGUAUGCACCCCAGGGGACCUAACUUUUAAGCCAAUGGAAGGAAUUGCCAGAUUUUUUAGUAUGUUUGUAUUUGUAUUUGGAGUAUGCUGAUUCUGAAAAUGUGAAUGUGAUGUAUACUUUUGGAGUUAUGAAUAUUGUGCAAAACUGUGUAUUUUCCUGCCUGUGAUAAUUAUGUUAGCUCAUUGUGUUUAGUAAUUAUAUCACAGGCAGAGGGGAGGAUUUUGUGUGGGAGUGUCUGAGUGUAUUAUGUUUGUAGAAUGGGCAUAAAAGCAGAGUGUUUGAAUAAAUGUUCAGUUCUUCUUCACCCUCAAUCUAGAGUCUUGUCUCUUAUUGGGGGUAACCGGCUAUACCACUAUAAGGGAUUGCUAUGCUCUGCAUGCUCCCUUGAAUAUUCACUUCUAAGCUCUUGUAAGAGCUUGUUCCUGGUUUGCUCUCUAAAGGAGUCUAUGGUGGUUAUGGUGUCUGCUGGAGUGCUUGGAGCCCUCAGGAAGCGCUAGGAGCAUCCUUCAAUGGAGGUACCCAGUCGGGGUGCCAGGUGAUCCGUUACAAUCACCCACUCCCCUCCCCUCCCCUGUCCCAUAGUGUUCAUUAUCACCCACUCCCCUCCAUUGUCCCAUAGUGUUCUUCCCCCCCUCCCCUGUACUAUAGUGUACCAUACCACCCUCUCCCCUUCCCUGUCUCAUAGUGUUACUAACCACCCACUCCCCAUCCCUGUCCCAUAGUUUUCUCCCCCCUCCCGUCCCAUAGUGUUCCUUAUCACCCACUCCCCUCCCCUGUCCCAUAGUGUUCCUUACCACCCACUCCCUCCCAUCCCAUAGUGUUCUCCCCCUCUCCUCUGUCCCAUAGUGUUCCUUAUCACCCACCCCCCUGUCCCAUAGUGUUCCUUAUCACCCACUCCCCUCCCCUGUCCCAUAUUGUUCCUUAUCACCCACUCCUCUCCCCUGUCCCAUAGUGUUCCUUACCACCCAUUCCCUCCCGUCCCAUAGUGUUCUCCCCCUCUCCUCUGUCCCAUAGUGUUCCUUAUCACCCACCCCCCUGUCCCAUAGUGUUCCUUAUCACCCACUCCCCUCCCCUAUCCCAUAGUGUUCCUUACCACCCACUCCCUCCCGUCCCAUAGUGUUCUCCCCCCUCCUCUGUCCCAUAGUGUUCUUCCCUCUCCCCCUGUCCCAUAGUUUUACCCCCUCCCUCCUCUGUCCCAUAGUGUUCUCCCCCUCCCUCCCCUGUCCCAUAGGGUUCUCCCCCUCCCCUGUCCCGUAGUGUUCUCCCCCUCACCUGUCCCAUGUGCGGUAUUCUUGACUUUUCAUGUUAUCAUUACUAUCUUUCAUUAUGAUAUAUAAUCAUCUGAAUUGUUAAUGCAAGCAUGUCUGUUAAACUACACACUACAAAAAAGAAAUAUCUAAAACAAAAAAUAUUUUGGUGCAUCCCUACUUAUAACAGCGAUGGCUCAUCUUGCAAUGCCACUCACAUUUCCCAUGAUGCUUGGCUGGCAUUUAUAUUGGUCAUCACUGCUAUUAAUGCAAGUGUCUUACACAAUACGCAGAGCACCAGAGUAAACACCCACAGUACAGUGACCAGUAAUCAUACCCUCCAAACAAAGAAACGAUAAAGAAUGAUACAUUAUAGAACCCAGUAUUGAUAGCCCCUUACAGAGAUUAGUGGGAAUAAUACAGCAUAGAGACCAGUAAUGAUACCCCUACAGAGAUUAGUGGAAUAAUACAGCAUAGAGACUAGUAAUGAUACCUUACAGAGACGCUCAGUGGGAACACACAGUAUAGAGACCAGUAAUGCAUACCCCCUACAGAUUAGUGGAAUUUCACACAGUAUAGAGACCAGUAAUGAUACCCCCACAGAGAGAUUAGCAAGUGGAAUACAGUAUAGAGACCAGUAAUGAUACCCCCUUACAGAGAUUAGUUGGAAUAAUACAGUAUAGAGACCAGUAAUGAUACCCCCUUACAGAAAAUAGUUGGAAUAAUACAGUAUAGAGACCAGUAAUGAUACCCCCUUACAGAGAUUAGUGGGAAUAAUACAGUAUAGAGACCAGUAAUGAUACCCCUUUACAGAAAAUAGUUGGAAUAAUACAGUAUAGAGACCAGUAAUGAUACCUCCUUACAGAGAUUAGUUGGAAUAAUACAGUAAGGAGAUUAGUGGGAAUAUUACAGUAUAGAGACCAGUAAUGAUACCCCCUUACAGAGAAUAGUUGGAAUAAUACAGUAUAGAGACCAGUAAUGAUACCCCCUUACAGAAAAUAGUUGGAAUAAUACAGUAUAGAGACCAGUAAUGAUACCUCCUUACAGAGAUUAGUUGGAAUAAUACAGUAAGGAGAUUAGUGGGAAUAAUACAGUAUAGAGACCAGUAAUGAUACCCCCUUACAGAGAAUAGUUGGAAUAAUACAGUAUAGAGACCAGUAAUGAUACGUCCUUACAGAGAUUAGUGGGAAUAAUACAGUAUAGAGACCAGUAAUGAUACCCCCUUACAGAGAUUAGUAGGAAUAAUACAGUAUAGAGACCAGUAAUGAUACCCCCUUACAGAGAAUAGUUGGAAUAAUACAGUAUAGAGACCAGUAAUGAUACCUCCUUACAGAGAUUAGUGGGAAUAAUACAGUAUAGAGACCAGUAAUGAUACCCCCUUACAGAGAUUAGUAGGAAUAAUACAGUAUAGAGACCAGUAAUGAUACCCCCUUACAGAGAUUAGUAGGAAUAAUACAGUAUAGAGACCAGUAAUGAUACCCCCUUACAGAGAUUAGUGGGAAUAAUACAGUAUAGAGACCAGUAAUAAUACCCCCUUACAGAGAUUAGUAGGAAUAAUACAGUAUAGAGACCAGUAAUAAUACCCCCUUACAGAGAUUAGUGGGAAUAAUACAGUAUAGAGACCAGUAAUGAUACCCCCUUACAGAGAUUAGUGGGAAUAAUACAGUAUAGAGACCAGUAAUGAUACCUCCUUACAGAGAUUAGUGGGAAUAAUACAGUAUAGAGACCAGUAAUGAUACCCCCUUACAGAGAUUAGUAGGAAUAAUACAGUAUAGAGACCAGUAAUGAUGGCUCUCCUACAGAGACAGGGAAUAAUGCAUGAGACCAGUAAUAAUUCUUACAGAGAUUAGUAGUAGGAAUAAUACAGUAUAGAGACCAGUAAUGAUACCUCCUUACAGAGAUUAGUGGGAAUAAUACAGUAUAGAGACCAGUAAUGAUACCCCCUUACAGAGAUUAGUAGGAAUAAUACAGUAUAGAGACCAGUAAUGAUACCUCCUUACAGAGAUUAGUGGGAAUAAUACAGUAUAGAGACCAGUAAUGAUACCCCCUUACAGAGAUUAGUAGGAAUAAUACAGUAUAGAGACCAGUAAUAAUACCCCCUUACAGAGAUUAGUAGGAAUAAUACAGUAUAGAGACCAGUAAUGAUACCCCCUUACAGAGAUUAGUAGGAAUAAUACAGUAUAGAGACCAGUAAUGAUACCCCCUUACAGAGAUUAGUGGUAAUAAUACAGUAUAGAGACCAGUAAUGAUACCCCCUUACAGAGAUUAGUGGGAAUAAUACAGUAUAGAGACCAGUAAUGAUACCUCCUUACAGAGAUUAGUGGGAAUAAUACAGUAUAGAGACCAGUAAUGAUACCUCCUUACAGAGAUUAGUGGGAAUAAUACAGUAUAGAGACCAGUAAUAAUACCCCCUUACAGAGAUUAGUAGGAAUAAUACAGUAUAGAGACCAGUAAUGAUACCCCCUUACAGAGAUUAGUGGAAUAAUACAGUAUAGAGACCAGUAAUGAUACCCCCUUACAGAGAUUAGUGGUAAUAAUACAGUAUAGAGACCAGUAAUGAUACCCCCUUACAGAGAUUAGUGGGAAUAAUACAGUAUAGAGACCAGUAAUGAUACCUCCUUACAGAGAUUAGUGGGAAUAAUACAGUAUAGAGACCAGUAAUGAUACCUCCUUACAGAGAUUAGUGGGAAUAAUACAGUAUAGAGACCCGUAAUGAUACCUCCUUACAGAGAUUAGUGGUAAUAAUACAGUAUAGAGACCAGUAAUGAUACCCCCUUACAGAGAUUAGUGGGAAUAAUACAGUAUAGAGGCCAGUAAUGAUACCUCCUUACAGAGAUUAGUGGGAAUAAUACAGUAUAGAGGCCAGUAAUGAUACCCCCUUACAGAGAUUAGUUGGAAUAAUACAGUAUAGAGACCAGUAAUGAUACCCCCUUACAGAGAUUAGUGGGAAUAAUACAGUAUAGAGGCCAGUAAUGAUACCCCCUUACAGAGAUUAGUGGGAAUAAUACAGUAUAGAGGCCAGUAAUGAUACCCCCUUACAGAGAUUAGUGGGAAUAAUACAGUAUAGAGACCCGUAAUGAUACCCCCUUACAGAGAUUAGUGGGAAUAAUACAGUAUAGAGACCAGUAAUGAUACCUCCUUACAGAGAUUAGUGGGAAUAAUACAGUAUAGAGGCCAGUAAUGAUACCCCCUUACAGAGAUUAGUUGGAAUAAUACAGUAUAGAGACCCGUAAUGAUACCUCCUUACAGAGAUUAGUAGCUGGAGACCAGUACUAGUAACUCAUUUCGUCAAAAAUAUAUAUAAAAUAGUAUCUUUAAAGUACAUAAAAAGGGGUAUUUUUAUAUUCUGUGAUACUUAACACUCAAUACUAGUAACUCGUGUAUAAAGCAGUAAUUCUACUGAUAUAAUUACUUCAUUUUUUGUUAAUGGAUAAUAUCAGUAAGCCAUUGUUCCUUUUUUUUUUCAGGUGCGAAGAAGGUGGAGACGAAGCUUACUGCGCAUUCGGAGAACAGUCAGAAACUGCUGAUCCGACAAAGCUACCCCGUGAGAGUGAGGAAAAGCCAAAUGUACAAAGGGACUAGGAAUCAGGCAGUAAGGGAAGCUUCCCGUGUGGUCACAGCCUCGGGGAUCGUGGUGAAAUACAUGCUGGAUGGAUCUACCCAGGUAUGGAAACUACCCAAAUUCACCAGAUCCAUGACUGGCCAUUAAAGCUUUGAAUAAUUCCUUACUUUCCACCAGUCACAGAUAGGAGCCGAAUAACCGGGUCCUUCAAUUCCUCUAUCUGAGCAAUCUCUAAAGCCAAGCUCUGUAUUAUGCGGAGAAAAUAAAAAUAGAACCAAAAAUAAAUAGAACUCUGAACAAGAAGCUGCCACCCUCUAGGUACACUCUAAAAACCUAUAAAAAACAUAAGUAAAAAAGGAAGAGAAGGUGGAAUAAAUCCCACCUAAUGGGGGCGCUAAGUGCUAGAGAAAAUAGAGGUCUUAUAGGAGACUAUAGACACUCAAGAGUAAAUACUCUAUGGAGACUUUAAAAAUAGUAUAAAAAUACAAUUUAUUUUGCAUCACAGUGCAAUUAAUUCAUAAAAAAAAAUAUAUAUAAAAAGAAAUAAUAAUAAAGUGCAUAAACAUCCAAUACAAAGAUAGUAACAAUGUACAGUCCUAUUAUGAGACCUGGGAAAAAAAGCCCGGCAUCAACCACUAAACAAAACAGUGAUAAGUAAAAAGAUGAACUGAACAGCCCUUGGUCGCGACUUCCAGGGCUGAAAGAUACUUGCAAACUGGAUCGGUAGUGGUGAUAUUACGGUCUCUGGACUUGGGUUGGAUGAUAGAUGAGGCUCAACGCGUUUCGUCCCGCUUUGUUCAGGACUUCCUCAGGAGCUGUGGAUUUACUCAAGCUCUGUAUUAGUCUUUUUCAUGUUACACGAGUCUCUCUCUGGCUAGCAAUGCCACGUGAUCUCGGGGAAGGGAAUUUACUAGAACUUUAAGCCAGUCAGGGGGACCGACCCAGCUGCUAAUUUAAUUUCUCAACUAAGAGGUGGCCAGUACAGGAGCCAAGGUUAACGUAAGUGGGGUUUAUUACUAAAAGGGAGCUCUGUCUGGGAUUUAUUUGAUGUUAAUGAUAUUUAAUGUCUCAGGUUCUCUUUCCUGAUGGAACGGUUUGCCAGAGUCCAGACUCUGGUCCCAUUGUCCAGCCUUCUGGUCCCUCCUCAUUACCUCCUAAAGUUCGUGAUGCUCACCCAGCAACACCUCCAUCAGCCCGACAAGAUGAUCAAAAGCCAGAACCGGUGCCUGAACAAGUGACCAAGAAAGGUAAUCUUUACCGGAUCAAUUGAACGUGUGUCCUGUGAAUGAAACUGAAUAUUACAGUGCAGUCACUGGUUGUCAGAAUGUGUGUGAGCAGGGGCGAACUGACCACUUGGACCGUGGGCCAGAGGCAGUCAGUGGCCCGGCUGCACUCAUGCUUCUGAUCUCCACAGUCAUAAGGAAGUUUGCUUGGGCCCAUGAUGAGACAGAGAGCCCCAGCAACCUGUCACCCUGCAAUUCCAAUCCCCCAUUCAGCGUGAGACCUGGCAGCUUACCUGCUGUCACUGCCAGGUCUCCUCUCUCUCCCUGCAGACAGUACACAGCGAUAGGUGUGAGGAUGGGAGGGGGCAGGAAGUGACUUCAUACCCCCUGCUCCCCUCUCACAUGGAGCACUCACAGGAUGGAUGGAGGGUGAGAACAGGAGCCUGGCACAGCAGAUCCCAUUCAGGCUGGAGGGAGGAAGAGAAAUCAGACUAGGGGUGAAAAGGGCAGAUAAAUAUGUGGAAUGAAGGGGUGAACCAGGACAGAGGCACACAGGGGUUUGUAGAGAUGUGGGGAUUUAUUACAUAUUUUUGUUGGUUCUCUUAUUAGCUCUUGAUGCCUAAUUGUCUAAUUUUUGUGAUGUGUGUGUUUUUAUCUUUUCCACUUAUAGGGGAUUUUUUAUUUUUAUCAUUAGUUUAAAGGACCACUAUAGUGCCAGGAAAACAAACUUGUUGUCCUGGCUCUAUAGGGUCUUUAAGUCCCCCCCACCUUCAGGGUCCCACUCCCACCGGGCUGAAGGGGGAAGAAGGGGUUAAUCACUUACCUUUCUCCAGCGCUGGGUUCCCUUGGCGCUGGGGAACUCUCCUCCCUCUUCUGACGUCAAGAGCAGCGCACGCAUUCAAUCAGUCAUUAGGAAAGCAUUACUCAAGUAACACAGUGAGAAGCGCGGAAGCGCAUCUAGCGGCUGUCAAUGAGACAGCCACUAGAGGCUGGAUUAACCCUAAUGUAAACAUAGCAGUUUCUCUGAAACUGCUAUGUUUACUGCUGCAGGGUUAACCCUAGCUGGACCUUGCACCCAGACCACUUCAUUGAGCUGAAGUGGUGUGGGUGCAUAUAGUGGUCCUUUAACUAAGGUGUCAUUACCUGAUAUUGCUUGCCUGCUUACAGAUUUUUUGUACGGCCCAUUAUAUAUGACUUUUGCUUUUUAGGUGAAUUCCCUAUGCUAAGGAAUAUGUAAAUGUUUCAUGAAUGUUUUAUAUGGUAUGAAAUGUAAUAAAUAUUACAUUUUAAAAACUAAUUAUUAGUAGGAGGGGUUAAAAAAAAUUAAAGAAAAACUAUAGUGCCAGGAAUAAAAUGUGUAUUUCUGACACUAUAGUUUUAAAAGAAUGGUUUAGGUGAUCAGCCCCCCUAUCAGAGGAGUAAAAUAGUAAAAGGUGUAUUUACUCCUCUUUAUUCCAGUGCUGCGCUGGUCUUGUCGCAGCUGGCUCCACCCAGCUCCUCCUCCUUGACUAAGAUCAUCAAAUUUGAUGAUCUAAGCCAGGGCUUGACAAAUCCCAGGUCGCCACUGUGACUCGAAAUUUCGCCCUGUUGUCUGGGAUUUGCCAUCUCUUUUUUAAUGUGGUCGCCGAGGGAGCUUUGUAGGCGGCCACCGCAGGGAAUAUUAGAGCCGUCCAUGGAGGCGGCCGGCCGGUUGAGGCAGCAUGGAGCCGACCACCCUGAGGAGGAUGGAGGCGACUGGCUGAGGCAGCAUGGAGCUGGCCGCCCGCGGAGCAUUGUAGGCGGCGCGCGAGGGAGCAGUAAUCUUACUGCAACUCCUCUCUGCAUCCUUGCGCUGUUAUAUGAUGCCACUAGCCAGAAUAUGACAUCACUCUGGCCCCAGAGAGUGCGCAAGGAGCAUGGAGCAGAGAGGAACUGCAGUAAGAUUACUUCUCCCUCGCAUGCAGGAAGAGAGCAGCUCCACUGGACCCCAGGGUAAGAUCCACUAAGCAGGGUAAAGGCUGAGUGGGUUUCAAUUAAAACACAAAUGUAUGUGAGCCUGCCAGAGUGAGAGUGUUUGUGUGAACCUGACAAUGUGUGUGUGUGUGUGUGUAAGCCUGUCAGAGUGAUAGUGUGUGAGCCUGUCAGAGUGAGAGUGUGUGAGCCUGUCAGAGUGAGAGUGUGUGUAAGCCUGUCAGAGUGAGAGUGUGUGUAAGCCUGUCAGAGUGAGAGUGUGUGAGCCUGUCAGAGUGAGAGUGUGUGUAAGCCUGUCAGAGUGAGAGUGUGUGAGCCUAUCAGAGUGAGAGUGUGUGUAAGCCUGUCAGAGUGAGAGUGUGUGAGCCUAUCAGAGUGAGAGUGUGUGUAAGCCUGUCAGAGUGAGAGUGUGUGAGCCUAUCAGAGUGAGAGUGUGUGUAAGCCUGUCAGAGUGAGAGUGUGUGAGCCUAUCAGAGUGAGAGUGUGUGUAAGCCUGUCAGAGUGAGAGUGUGUGAGCCUAUCAGAGUGAGAGUGUGUGUAAGCCUGUCAGAGUGAGAGUGUGUGAGCCUAUCAGAGUGAGAGUGUGUGUAAGCCUGUCAGAGUGAGAGUGUGUGAGCCUAUCAGAGUGAGAGUGUGUGUAAGCCUGUCAGAGUGAGAGUGUGUGAGCCUAUCAGAGUGAGAGUGUGUGUAAGCCCUGUCAGAGUGAGAGUGUGUGAGUCAGAGUGAGAGUGUGUGAGCCUGUCAGAGUGAGUGUGUGUGUGCGCCUGUCAGAGUGAGAGCCUGUGUGCGUGCGCCUGUCAGAGUGAGACUGUGUGCGCCUGUCAGAGUGAGACUAUGUGAGCCUGUCAGAGUGAGACUGUGUGAGCCGGUCAGAGUGAGACUGUGUGAGCCUGUCAGAGUGAGACUAUGUAAGCCUGUCAGAGUGAGAGUGUGUGAGCCUGUCAGAGUGAGAGUGUGUGUACCUGUUGUGUGAGCCUGUCAGAGGGUGUGUGUUUGUGUGAACCUGACAAUGUGUGUGUGUGUGUAAGCCUGUCAGAGUGAGAGUGCCUGUCAGAGUGAGAGUGUGUGAGUCUGUCAGAGUGAGAGUGUGUGCACCUGUCAGAGUGAGUGUGAGAGUGUGUGUACCUGUUGUGUGAGCCUGUCAGAAGGUGUGUGUUUGUGUGAACCUGACAAUGGGUGUGUGUGUGUGUGAGCCUGUCAGAGUGAGUGUGUGUGUGUGUAUGAGCAAGCCUGUUGUCAGAGUGUGUGUGAGCCUGUCAGAGUGUGUGUGUGUGUGCGUUUAGGUAUUUAGGUACCUGCCCGCUCCGAUCACCUUUUUUCACACACCAUGCCAGUUUCACCACGGCUGGUCCCACCUCCAUGGCUGAGAUUAUCAAUCUUCAUGAUCUCAUCUAACCCAAUGCUUUCCCUUAGGAUUUUGUGCAUGUGCAGUCCUGUCCCAGGACUCUCUAGUGGCUGUCUGAGUGACUGACUGUCACUAGAGGUGUUACUAAGCAGCAAUGUAAACACUGCCUUUUCACUGAAAAGGCAGUGUUUACCCUGAAAAGCAUGCAGGGACAAGCUACAGACAACAGAACAAUUAAAUCAAGCUGUAGUGGUUCUGGUGGUUAUAGUGUCCCUUUAAGAUUUACAUUUGAAAAAAUUUGUUUUUUGAAAAUGACUGGCUUCUAACUUUUCUAGCUGGCUCCUAGAUUCCAAACAAAUUUGUCAAGCCCUGAUCUAAGCCAAUCCAGUGCUUUCCCAUAGGAAAGCAUUGGGGGCUAUUGCGCAUGUACGGCUAAACGCCGCAAUGCACUAAUCAGCAUCUCCUCAUAGAGAUGCAUUGAAUCACUGCCACUCAAUUUUUACUUGAAAUUCCUAACAACCUGCAAACUCCCCCAGGUAGACACAUAAUAAGGCGCUUAAGUCUUCAUGCAAAGCGUGGAGACGUUGAACAUCAGUGCCUCCCACUAGAGGUGUUCCUAGGCAGUAAUGUAAACACAGUGCCUUUUCUCUGAAAAGGCACUGUUUACAUUAAAAAGCCUGCAAGGAUUAGCUGUGGACACCAGAACAACUACAUUAAGCUGUAGUUGUUAUGGUGACUAUAACAUCCCUUUUAAUAAUUAAUAUUUGGUCUUCAAAGGUCACAUAAUCCCUAUCACAAUUCCACUAACUCUUUCUGAAGAAUCUGUAGAUACAUAUAGUGAGGAUGGAGACCUAGACAGAAAAUAGUAACUAACCCUACCCAAAACUCAAGGAACCGUUAAAUCUUCUUAACAUACCUGCUGCCAUCGUUUAUGUGUUUGCAUGGACAAAAGGAGGGCCCACAAACUGGGUACCAUUGUAAGCAGUAUGAUGGCUCCCACACCCUCGUAGCAGAAGACAUGUAGGUACCCAACCAGUUGUGUUACUCUAUAGCUAAGACAUAUUAUUUCUCCUUAUUUCAUUUCUCCCUCCUUUCUCUGAUACAUGACUCAGAUUUCUCCCCUGGCCUAGACUCCAUAGCUUUUUAGCAAUUAUUGGAGACCCCUCUGCCGCAGAUAGACUAUAUCAUGUCCCCUGCUAGAGUUGCUAAGAGAGAGCAGGCGGUUACAUCACAAAGAUGCCAACUGAUUAGACACUGAAUGGCUUUUUGAACGAUCCAGUGUUAAACACGGAGAGCCUUAAAUGAAUGCCUGCCCAUAUCUAAUGGUAAAAUGGGAGAUUGUUACAGUGAAACCCAACUAAUAGCUGUACUCUGAGCCAAGCUCAAUUCUCAGUAAAACACAAGGAAAAGCCUUACUGUCCUUGUGGUAUUGUACCCGGUGUCCACAAUCAGUCCACCUGGACCAAGACAGGAAUUUUUAUGCUGUGUUUUCCCAAUACCACUGCAUCGCACUUCAAAUUCAACUUAUAAAACGUCUCACCCAACUAGAAUUGUAAAUGCAGCUGAGCAUCUAAUACCAGAGUCCCUUUUAUGUUGUCGCUGGGCUUGUGCAAAUGUAUUUCUAUUUGUUUCAUUGGUGGUCUCCUGUAACGUUUAGUUUGUAACAGGCUAAAUGUGUGACCUUUGUGCAAUAUUAUAAACCUAAUGAAAUGUAUUUACAAAAGCUAAAAGAAUGGGUGGAUGGAAAGUCGACAAAAUAUCGAAGGCCAACAGAGCAUAUGUUAAGAAAGUAUUUUAUUGUGUGUUUGCAGGGAAAAGUGGUCACAAAACAAUGACCACCUCAGCAAGGCAAGAAAGUGUGGAGGCACCUGGCCAAGAGCCCCCAGCCCCGGUAAUAACUGUCCCCGAAAUAAAGCCUGGGACCUGGAUCACAACUACCCCUUCUGGCCAGAAAAUAGGAACCAGAGGAUCCGAGAAACUGGAACUGAGCCCUGUCUUGUACUUUAAAUCCACUGACCCGGUGAACGGAACGGCAAGUCAACACAGUUACUGUUAAUGUCACAGUAGAUCAAUUAGGAUCAUCAAUUAGGAUCAUCUGGAAUAGUGAAUUGAAGGGUCUGUCUCUUUCUGGGAUUGAGAAUUGAAGUGUCUCUCUCUAUCUGGGAUAGGGAAUUGGAGGGUCUGUCUCUAUCUGGGAUAGGGAAUUGAAGUGUCUGUCUCUAUCUGGGAUAGGGAAUUGGAGGGUCUGUCUCUAUCUGGGAUUGGGAAAUAGAGGGUCUGUCUCUAUCUGGGAUGGGAAAUUGGAGGGUCUGUCUCUAUCUGUCAUGGGAAAUUGAAGGGUCUGUCUCUUUCUGGGAUUGAGAAUUGAAGUGUCUGUCUCUGUCUGGGAUAGGGAAUUGGAGGGUCUGUCUCUAUCUGGGAUGGGAAACUGGAGGGUCUGUCUCUAUCUGGGAUUGGGAAAUAGAGGGUCUGUCUCUAACUGGGAUAGGGAAUUGUCUCUAUCUGGGAUAGAUAAAUAGAGGGUCUGUCUCUAUCUGGGAUAGGGAAUUGGAGGAACUUUCUCUAUCUGGAAUUGGGAAAUAGAGGGUCUAUCUCUAUCUGGGAUAGGGAAAUAGAUGGUAUGUUUCUAUCUGGGAUAGGGAAAUAGAGUCUCUAUCUGGGAUAGGAAUUUAAACGGUGAUACUGUGUCAGGGAUGGGGAUUUAGGGGUCUUACGCUAUCUAGUAUAUAGAUUUGCAGGCUAUUUCUCAGGAAAAUAGAUGUGGCAAGAUUUCUUUAUUGCAUGGUUUUUGGUGCAUGUUUGAGAAAAUGUCCAGAACUUUAUUCACCCAGUCAGUGCCAGGGCUAAUUAAUGUUGCCCCACUAUGCUGACAUGUCAUAGAGCUUAUCACUGCACAUGUACAUCUUUAUACCUAAACCUGUAAUGGGCUGCAGGUUCAGGGGACAUUGCUUUUGGUGACUGUAAGUGGAGUUGAUACAAGCACACCCGAUCAGAGAUUUUGCAGGUUCUGCAAAGCCAUUGCCCAGCAGGCUGAGACCCAGGAUUGGGCACUUAACUUCAGGUUAUGAAACUGGCUCGGAGGGUAUUUGCUCUCCAUAGAGUAAGGAGACCCUACUUCACAUGGCUACGUUAGGACGUGCAACGGCGCUACAGAAACAUAGUAAUCGUUCCAUUGAUCAGCAAUAAAUACAUAUGGCAGUCUCACCAACCCAUUCUACACAUGGGGAGAUAAUGCGACUGCACUGAAGAUUUCUGCUAUUGAUAUAACAGACAUCUCCAUGUAAAUAUUAUUAUUAGUGGCAUUUAUAAAGCGCCAACAUAUUCCGCAGAGCUGUAAUAUCACUGCAGAGCCAAGUGAGGGAGUGAGGAGACCACUGUUGGUAUGGAUCUCUUGCUACCUUACACUAGACAGCAGUGCUAAAGGGACUCUAUAGGGGUAGGAAUACAAAUCUGUAUUCCUAACACUAUAAAGCCCUCUGGUCCCUGUCUCAGUCACGCCCCCUUGCAACCAAAAGUGGCCUAUCCAUCGGUAAGUGCCUCUAGUAGCUGUCUAAUUGACUUGGAAAAACUGCAAAAGUUACAUUGCAGGACUAAGGACUAAUUGGGAUAGGGAUACUGCACCCAGACCAAUGAAAUGAAGUGGUCUGGUUGACUAUAGUGUCUCUUUAAGUCUUUAGCAAUGGCUCGAGGAAGGGGGGUUUAGUCAAAGGGAUACUCCAAAAUAUCUUCACACAUUCCUACUGGUCCUCACUACUUUAUCCUGCCACCUCUGUUCACCAAACUCUGGAUUUUACAUACUCUGGAUUUUACACAGAGGGGCUGGUGGGCUCCUUUUGAAAAAAAAUUGGCAAAUAGCUGGGGUAAGUUACUAAUUACUGAUUGGUUUCCACCCUAGUUGAUAAUUGUAACUGAAAACUUACAAUAACAGCUACUUAAACAAAUACCGUCCACUCAGAUUAGCCCCUCGCUGGUAAAACACAGAAACACACGCAGUGUCACCAGAAAUAGAUGUUCACUGUGAACAUGCAUACCCUGUGAUUGGCCUUGGAAGGAGAUAGUGACACCAUAUAUAGUGUAUUAAACUGGGUGCUAUGCCAGACACAUAUUUAGGGCACGCUUGGGAAGCGUUCAUUUAACACAUGAACUUUAAACAUAGCAUAAUGUUUUUAUAUAAUAUGUCUGGCAUUUUCAUUUCCCUUGAAAUGUGUUUUAGGGAUUUAAUGUAAUACAAUAUAGCUAAUAUGCUUUUCCUAUAGAAAACAUGGAGAUUUACAGUUGUAAGCAAAAUUAUUCAACCCCCAUUUGCCAAAAUGUACAGACUUCCAGCUGUUUGCAAUGAGCAAAUCAAACAAAAUCAAUUGAAAUUGCUUAACAAAAAAGAUACACAGAGGGCUGGAAGGGCAAAGACACACAGAGGGGCUGGGGUGAACAAACAGACACACAGAGGGGCUGGUGGGAGAAUGAGACACUCAGAGGGGCUGGUGGGAGAAUGAGACACACAGAGGGGUUGGGGUGAACAAACAGACACACAGAGGGGCUGGUGGGAAAAUGAGACACACAGAGGGGCUGGUGGGUGAAUGAGACACACAGAGUGGUUGGGGUGAACAAACAGACACACAGAGGGGCUGGUGGGAGAAUGAGACACACAUAGGGGCUGGUGGGAGAAUGAGACACACAGAGGGGCUGGGGUGAACAAACAGACAUACAGAGGGGCUGGUGGGAGAAUGAGACACACAGAGGGGCUGGUAGGAGAGUGACACACACAGAGGGGUUGGGGUGAACAAACAGACACACAGGGGCUGGUGGGAAAAUGAGACACACAGAGGGGCUGGUGGGAGAAUGGCUGGGGAGAAUGAGACACACAGAGGGGGGGUGAACAAACAAACACACAGAGGGGCUGGUGGGAGAAUGAGACACACAGAGGGGUUGGGGUGAACAAACAGACACACAGAGGGGCUGGUGGGAGAAUGAGACACACAGAGGGGUUGGGGUGAACAAACAGACACACAGAGGGGCUGGUGGAGAAUGAGACACACAGAGGGGUUGGGGUGAACAAACAGACACACAGAGGGGCUGGUGGGAGAAUGAGACACUAUGAGGGGCUAUAACAACCAGACAUUUGAUUGAAGGAUUGCAUCAGGUUUGAUUGACAAGUCCAAAAAUAUGAGGCUCCGUUCAUUUCUUUUUUUUUUAGGCAUUUGAUAAUACUGCACAUUUUUAUGAAAUAAAAUAUUGUAUGACAAGAGAAACAGGCUUAACUUACAUUUGCUAGAAUGAGUUCUGUAUUGGCAGAGCACGCAUUAGUUACAGCUAACCAUAGCUUAUAAACGUGCCUGGUGUCUAUUGCGUCUAAGAGCAAGGCAUAUUGAACUAUUAUGCAAUAAGAACGUUAACAGGACCACUGUAUGAGGGUUCAACAGCUUGGAAGAAUAAAUGGGUAUCAUAAUAAAAGUGUUAAAACAAAAUGACUUUUGUCGCUUGUGUGCCACUGGGUGUACUUUCGCACAAGUCAGGUGGCAGCCAGCUCCCAAAAUCAGAGAGUCAGCCAAUACCAAGAAUAGGCACCCAUCUGCCAUGUGCGUGUUGGCCUUACUGUUUAUGGGACUUUCCUUGUUUUGUAACCCCCUAACCUGCGUUCUGGAGGUACAUCAGACACAAUUUUGGGAAGUACCCAGCUGAAGUCCACAUGUGAUUUAUUCAAGGCAUGCAGUUUGAGCCAGCUUUUAAAGUGGCUCCAUCUAUGUGAGUGAGACUAAUACAUUUCUUUUAAGUUUACAGUUUAAACUUUAUUACCCUAUGUCUUCUCUAUUUAUGUUUAUUUGCAGAGAUUGACUCCAAUUUGGGUAAUAUUAAUUCCAUUUAUUUGAAGUACUCUCACCAUCUUUCUUUUUAUUGUCCAUUUCUAUGUGUUGGCCGCUGUAGUUUGCCUCGCUACGGUUCAGAGGUGAGGUACUCCCCAUGCCCCAGGCCUGUUCCAGAGCAUUCACCAUGUUGCAACAAACUUGGAAAUUCUUCCCGUCCGGGAGUUUGCGGAAGGCUAUACUGUGCUUGUGUAGAAGUUGGCGUUUUGUUCUCCUCCACAUGUGUAUCUGGUGCGCUGGGGGGGUUUCCCUGGUGGCCCAAAGCCCAGGAUGGCAUAGAAUAGAAAGGUCUGCUGCCCUUGAGGUCAGGUUACCUCUGGGGGGGGUCUCACAAGCUUUGUCCCGCCAUGCGUCUGCUCUCUCACCCGUGGUGUGUUUGCAGAAGACACGAGCUUUGUCCGCUCCAUUAAGGUAGCCCAAAAGUGGUUGAAAGCUACCUCCAGUCUAGCUUCUAUGUGGCUGAGUGUGUCAGUUGGCUUUGUGUGGCGCUGUGCUCUGCAUUAUGGGCGCAGGUUUGUCCGCAAUCUAAUAGCUUCCACCGUUCGGCACUGUGCUUUUCGUAGGGGCAGCUCGCCAUAAACUGGGGGGACCCUGAUGUGAGGCCCAGCGGGGACCGGGAUAACCCCCACCCGCCCAGAGAGGGGGAAAGCGGGACCGAAGCCAUCGGCAGGUCGUACUGAGGAUGGGAGAUCUGCCACAUCUCCCGCCCAGAAGCAAGUUGUAGGCCGCAGAAAGCCCUCAUCUCUGAGGGUACGCUCGGGCAUCGUGUUUCCAAGCCAAGGGCUUAACCAGGCACUCCCAAGUAGAUAUAAGCCAGUGGUAGCAGGAUUUAAUAGGCAGAUUUUUCUUAUUUUAGGCUUAAAAAGUCGGUGAGGUUGAGGAGCUCUCUCAACCCGCGUCCUACUCAUUCAGCGGCCAGGUCCCGUCCCAGGUUCCGUUCAUUUUAAUAUAUAACUUUAUAUAAGUUAAAAUACUGUAUUUCUGUUGAUUUUCAAUAUGUUAGUUUAUUACAAGCUAAUCUAUGUCUGUUGAAAUGUAUUUUCUCUGUAAAAUCCUUAAAGCACCAAUUUACCACCACAGGUUAUGACCACUAGGGAAGAUCAAGUGGUCACUGUCCAGGAAAAUGAUGGUACUUUUAUAGUGGAACAUGCUGAUGGAACCAGGAUAACCACCUUCUACCAAGACGUGGAGAUCCCACUUUCUGGAGACCACGAGGAAACUGGUAUUAAUUAAUACUGGUUUGAUUAGCAAAAUAGCUCCUAAACCUCCUAAAUACAGUUCUCUAGUUCUGUCAACCGUCCACUUGCUAGCUCUAUCCCAAGCUCCCUCCACACACCAUUCACAAAAAAUCCCAUCUACAGACCAUUUACUAGUUCCAUUUAAACACUAUUCACAAACCCCAUCUACAGACCAUUCACUAGCUCCAUCCAAACACCAUUAAAAAAAACACCUAGAGACCAUUCACUAGGUCCAUCCAAACACUAUUCACAAACCCCAUCUACAGACCAUUCACUAGCAUCAUCCUAAGCUCCAUUCACACACCAUUCAUAAACCCCAUCUACAGACCAUUCACUAGCUCCAUCCAAAUACUAUUCACAAACCUCAUCUACAGACCAUUCACUAGCUCUAUCCUAAACUCUAUUCACAUACCAUUCACUAAUCCCAUCUACAGACCAUUCACUAGCUCCCUCCUAAGUUCCAUUCACACACCAUUCACUAAUCCUAUUUACAAACCAUUCGCUAGUUCCAACCAAAUACUAUUCACUAAGUCCAUUUAUGACUAUUCACUAGUUAUAUUCAGAUACCAUUCACUAGCUCCUUCACAAACUCCAUUCAGACACCAUUCAUUAAUCCCAUCUACAGACCAUUCACUAGUUCCAUCCAAACACUAUGGACAAAGUCCAUCCCAGACACUAUUCAUUAGUUCCAUCCAAACACCAUUCACUAAGUCAAUUUAUGGAUUAUUCGCUAGUUCUAUUUAGACACUAUUCACAAGCUCCAUCUAAAGACCAUUCACUAGGUCCAUCCAGACACUAUACAUUAGCUCCAUCCUAGACACUAUUCACUAAUCCCAUUCAGACGGCAUUCAGUAGGAUGAUCCCAGACACAACUCAUUAGUUCUAUUCCAGACACCAUUCACUAGCCCCAUUUUUGGACUAUUCAAUAGUUAUGUCUAGACAGAUGGAACAUUAGUUCCAUCCCAUACAGUAUUUAGUAGGUUCAGUCAAAAACUAUACAUUAGUUCCAUCCCAUACAGUAUUUAGUAGGUUCAGUCAGACACUAUACACUAGUUCCAUCCCAUACAGUACUUAGUAGCAUUUAGACACCGUUCUCUAACUCCAUUCCAGACACUAUACACCAAGGCCAUUCCAGACACUAUACACCAAGUCCAUUCCAGACACUAUACACCAAGGCCAUUCCAGACACUAUACACCAAGUCCAUUCCAGACACAAGGCCAUUCCAGACACUAUACACCAAGUCCAUUCCAGACACUAUACACCAGGUCCAUCACAGACACUAUACACCAAGUCCAUUCCAGACACUAUACACCAAGUCCAUUCCAGACACUAUACACCAAGUCCAUUCCAGACACAAGGUACAUUCCAGACACUAUACACCAAGUCCAUCACAGACACUAUACACCAAGUCCAUUCCAGACACAAGGUACAUCCCAGACACUAUACACCAGGUCCAUUCCAGACACUAUACACCAAGUCCAUUCCAGACACUAUACACCAAGUCCAUUCCAGACACAAGUUACAUUCCAGACACUAUACACCAGGUCCAUCACAGACACUAUACACCAAGUCCAUUCCAGACACUAUACACCAAGUCCAUUCCAGACACAAGGUACAUCCCAGACACUAUACACCAGGUCCAUCACAGACACUAUACACCAGGUCCAUCACAGACACUAUACACCAGGUCCAUCACAGACACUAUACACCAAGUCCAUUCCAGACACUAUACACCAAGUCCAUUCCAGACACUAUACACCAAGUCCAUUCCAGACACAAGGUACAUCCCAGACACUAUACACCAGGUCCAUCACAGACACUAUACACCAAGUCCAUUCCAGACACUAUACACCAAGUCCAUUCCAGACACAAGGUACAUCCCAGACACUAUACAGCAGGUCCAUCCCAGACACUAUACACCAAGUCCAUCACAGACACUAUACACCAGGUCCAUCACAGACACUAUACACCAAGUCCAUUCCAGACACUCUACACCAUGUCCAUCACAGACACUAUACACCAUGUCCAUCACAGACACUAUACACCAUGUCCAUCACAGACACUCUACACCAGGUCAAUCACAGACACUAUACACCAAGUCCAUUCCAGACACAAGGUACAUCCCAGACACUAUACACCAUGUCCAUCACAGACACUCUACACCAGGUCCAUCACAGACACUAUACACCAUGUCCAUCACAGACACCAUACACCAGGUCCAUCACAGACACUAUACACCAAGUCCAUUCCAGACACAAGGUACAUCCCAGACACUAUACACCAAGUCCAUCACAGACACUAUACACCAAGUCCAUCACAGACACUCUACACCAGGUCAAUCACAGACACUAUACACCAAGUCCAUUCCAGACACAAGGUACAUCCCAGACACUAUACACCAGGUCCAUCACAGACACUAUACACCAGGUCCAUCACAGACACUAUACACCAGGUCCAUCACAGACACUAUACACCAGGUCCAUCACAGACACUAUUCAAUAGUUGCAUCCAGGCAGCAUUUACUAGCUCUGUCUCAAAUGAUAAUUAUGAUUUAUUUUGUAGGUGAAAUCCCUCAGACCAUUCUAAAGAGAACCAAGUUUGUGCGUGUGGAAAGUGAGGACUUUGCCACCAUUAUUCUGAACUGCGAGUCAAACGUGUGCUAUGCUGUAUUCGGAGAUGGCACAGAAAUCUGUGCAAAACCACAGGGAACAUAUCAGGUGAGAUGUUUCCCUAUACUCCAGGUGGGAUAUUCUCCUAUACUCCAGGUGAGAUAUUCCCCUAUACUCCAGGUGGGAUAUUCCCCUAUACUCCAGGUGGGAUAUUCUCCUAUACUCCAGGUGGGAUAUUCCCCUAUACUCCAGGUGGGAUAUUCCCCUAUACUCCAGGUGGGAUAUUCUCCUAUACUCCAGGUGAGAUAUUCCCCUAUACUCCAGGUGGGAUAUUCCCCUAUACUCCAGGUUUAAUAUUUCCCUAUACUCCAGGUGGGAUAUUACCCUAUACUCCAGGUUUAAUAUUUCCCUAUACUCCAGGUGGGAUAUUCCCCUAUACUCCAGGUGGGAUAUUACCCUAUACUCCAGGUUUAAUAUUUCCCUAUACUCCAGGUGGGAUAUUCCCCUAUACUCCAGGUGGGAUAUUCUCCCUAUACUCCAGGUGGGAUAUUCUCCCUAUACUCCAGGUGGGAUAUUCCCCUAUACUCCAGGUGGGAUAUUCUCCUAUACUCCAGGUGGGAUAUUCCCCUAUACUCCAGGUGGGAUAUUCCCCUAUACUCCAGGUGGGAUAUUCUCCUAUACUCCAGGUGAGAUAUUCCCCUAUACUCCAGGUGGGAUAUUCCCCUAUACUCCAGGUUUAAUAUUUCCCUAUACUCCAGGUGGGAUAUUCCCCUAUACUCCAGGUUUAAUAUUUCCCUAUACUCCAGGUGGGAUAUUCCCCUAUACUCCAGGUGGGAUAUUACCCUAUACUCCAGGUUUAAUAUUCUCCUAUACUCCAGGUGGGAUAUUCCCCUAUACUCCAGGUGGGAUAUUCUCCCUAUACUCCAGGUGGGAUAUUCCCCUAUACUCCAGGUUUAAUAUUUCCCUAUACUCCAGGUUGGAUAUUACCCUACACUCCAGGUGGGAUAUUCUCCUAUACUCCAGGUUGGAUAUUACCCUUUACUCCAGGUUUAAUAUUUCCCUAUACUCCAGGUGGGGUAUUUCCCUAUACUCCAGGUGAGAUAUUCCCCUAUACUCCAGGUGGGAUAUUCCCCUACACUCCAGGUGGGAUAUUCUCCUAUACUCCAGGUGAGAUAUUCCCCUAAACUCCAGGUGGGAUAUUACCCUACACUCCAGGUGGGAUAUUUCCCUAUACUCCAGGUGGGAUAUUUCCCUAUACUCCAGGUUUAAUAUUUCCCUAUACUCCAGGUGGGAUAUUUUCCUAUACUCCAGGUGGGAUAUUCCCCUAUACUCCAGGUGGGAUAUUCCCCUAUACUCCAGGUGGGAUAUUCUCCUAUACUCCAGGUGGGAUAUUCCCCUAUACUCCAGGUGGGAUAUUUCCCUAUACUCCAGGUGGGAUAUUUCCCUAUACUCCAGGUGGGAUAUUUCCCUAUACUCCAGGUGGGAUAUUUUCCUAUACUCCAGGUGGGAUAUUUCCCUAUACUCCAGGUGGGAUAUUUCCCUAUACUCCAGGUGGGAUAUUUCCCUAUACUCCAGGUGGGAUAUUUCCCUAUACUCCAGGUGGGAUAUUUCCCUAUACUCCAGGUGGGAUAUUCCCCUAUACUCCAGGUGGGAUAUUUCCCUAUACUCCAGGUGGGAUAUUUCCCUAUACUCCAGGUGGGAUAUUUCCCUAUACUACUCCAGGUGGGAUAUUUCCCUAUACUCCAGGUGGGAUAUUCCCCUAUACUCCAGGUGGGAUAUUUCCCUAUACUCCAUGUGGGAUAUUCCCCUAUACUCCAUGUGGGAUAUUCCUCUAUACUCCAUGUGGGAUAUUCCUCUAUACUCCAUGUGGGAUAUUCCUCUAUACUCCAGGUGGGAUAUUUCCCUAUACUCCAGGUGAAGUAUUUACCCUAUACUCUAGCUGAGAUAUUUCCCUAUGGUAUUUACCCUAUACUCCAGGUGAAAUCUUUCCCUAAACUCCAGGUGAGACAUUCCUCUAUACUCCAUGUGGGAUAUCCUCCUAUACUCCAUGUGGGAUAUUCCCCUAUACUCCAGGUGGGAUAUUUCCCUAUACUCCAGGUGGGAUAUUUCCCUAAACUCCAGUUGAGAUAUUUCCCUAUACUCCAGGUGGGAUAUUUCCAUUUACUCCAGGUGAGAUAUUCCCCUAUACUCCAGGUGGGAUAUUCUCCUAUACUCCAGGUGGGAUAUUUCCCUAUACUCCAGAUGAAAUAUUUCCCUAUACUCCAGGUGGGAUAUUCCCCUAUACUCCAGGUGGGAUAUUUCCCUAUACUCCACGUGUGAUAUUUCCCUAUACUCCAGGUGGGAUAUUUCCCUAUACUCCAGGUGGGAUAUUCUCCUAUACUCCAGGUGGGAUAUUCUCCUAUACUCCAGGUGGGAUAUACUCCAGGUGGGAUAUUUCCCUAUACUCCAGGUGGGAUAUUUCCCUAUACUCCAGGUGGGAUAUUUCCCUAUACUCCAGGUGGGAUAUUUCCCUAUACUCCAGGUGGGAUAUUUCCCUAUACUCUAGGUGGGAUAUUUCCAUUUACUCUAGGUGAGAUAUUCCCCUAUACUCCAGGUGAGAUAUUUCCCUAUACUCCAGGUGAGAUAUUUCCCUAUACCUCAGGUGGGAUAUUUCCAUAUGAGAUAUCCCCCAAUACUGCAGGUCAGAUAUUUACCCUAUACUCCAGAUGAAAUAUUUCCCUAUACUCCAGGUGGGAUAUUUCCCUAUACUCCAGGUGGGAUAUUCUCCUAUACUCCAGGUGGAAUAUUUCCCUAUACUCCAGGUGAGAUAUUCCCCUAUACUCCAGGUGGGAUAUCCCCCUAUACUCCAAGUGGGAUAUCCCCCUAUACUCCAGGUGGGAUAUCCCCCUAUACUCCAGGUGGGAUAUUCUCCCUAUACUCCAGGUGGGAUAUUUCCCUACACUCCAGGUGGGAUAUUUACCCUAUGUUCCAGGUGAGAUAGUCACACUAUACUCCAGGUCAGGUAUUUUAUCCAAGUAUAUUUCCUUGUGUUCUGAGUAAGAUAUUUCCUUGUUUAUCAUUAUAAAUGGAUACCUAUUAUGGAUCUUUUUAUAUGAGCUGCAGGAUGUUAAUAAUUGACCACAGUGUGGAGACUUAGUACAGAAGUAGCAGUAACUUGACAGCCAGACACAUUAUCUCCCUGAGUAAGUGAUGAGCAUUUUCGUUAUGGACAGGUCUACCCAUCAAUGUCAGGUUGUCUGAGUAUUAACCAGGACGGACGUGCACUGUAUUCUCCAAGGACCAGUUCCUCCACACAGAACCAUUCCCAGCAAGAAGAUCCGAUCCCUGCAAGUUCCACGAGCCACACUCAAGAUCCGAUCCCUGCAAGUUACACCAUGAGCCACACACAAGAUGUUAUUUGCGAGGCUUUGGAUCCGGAGGGCAAUCACUACCAGGUAACAGUUCCUGGCUCUGAUCUUUUAGUAGAUAUUUUUCCAACAUGUGAGAGUUUUACUGAAGUUAAAGUUUGCAAGGUAGUGGAUGUCAGAGUUGCCACCCAUAUUUCCCUCUUAGGUAAUGGCGAAUGGUAGCACAUCUGUGGUUCUCUGCAGCACUGAAACAGGCGAGGGGGAGGACGAGUUGGAGAAAUCAGCCCUGACCUCUUUUCCAAAGCAAUCGGAGGUCCACAAAGUGGAAGUGUAUGACUUACAUGCCCCCAGGUACAGUAUUUUAAAGAUAACUUUUAUCUCUACAACAGGUUUUAAAGUCUGCACCCUGGCACCCUUAAUGGGGGGCUCUCUUCUGGCACCAAUGAUAGUCUGGAUCCUCGCUUAAUCUAGCCCUCUCUGCCAUAUUCUCCCCAGAAAUAUACAGUUAGGUCUGGAAAUAUUUGGACACUGACACAAGUUUUGUUAUUUCGUCUGUUAAUUAAUUCAAGUUAAAGUUAAAUAAUGAAUAUGGGCCUAAAUUGUAGUCUCUCAGCUUUAAUUUGAGGGUAUUGACAUCCAAAUUGGAGGAAGGGUUUAGGAAUUGCAUCCCUUCAAUAUGUAGCCCUCUCUUUUUCAAGGGACUAAAGUAAUUGGACAAAUAACUGAAGACUAUUACAUGGAAAAGUGUGGGCUGUUCCUUUGUUAUUUCUUCAUCAAUCAAGCAGGUAAAAGGUUUGGAGUUGUUUCCAGGUGUGGCAUUCCCAUUUGAAAGCUGUUGCUGUGAACCUACAACACGCAGUCAAAGGAGGUCUCAAUGCAAGUAAAACAGGCAAUGUAUAGGCUGCAAAAAAAAAAAACACCAGAGAUAGCAGGAACAUUAGGAGUAGGCAAAUUAAGUUUGGUACAUUCUGAGAAACGCACUGGUCUGCAACACAAAAAGAUCUGGACAUCCAUGGAAAACAGUUGUGGAUGAGGUAGGCAUAUCAUUAUCCAAGUCUACCACAAAGAGAAGACUUCACGGGAGCAAAUACAGAGAGUUCACCACCAGGUGCCAACAAUUCAUAAGCCUCAAGAAUAGAAAGGCCAGAUUAGACUUUGCCAAAAAUCAUCUGGGACAGCAUUCUUUGGACAGGUGAAACUAAGAUCAACCUUUACCAGAAUGAUGGGGGGCGGGGGGGAGUGUGGAGAAGGCUUGAAACGGCUCAUGAUAUGAAGCAUACCUCAUAGUCUGUAAAUCGUGGUGGCAUGUGUUUGCAUGGCUUCCAAUGGCACUGGAUCACUAGUGUUUACUGAUGAUGUGACAGAAGCAGUCAGAUUAAUUCUGAAGUGUAUAGGGAUAUAUUUGUGACGGAGCUCCUGUUCUCCGACUGAGUACCUUUGUCCAAUCCACUUCCUAGCCAUUGGGGAGGGAGCCUGGAGCACUUCAACCCCAGUCGCUGAGGCUUGACUGGAGUCUCUCUGGAGCUUUUCCAUCCGACCAGGCUGUAGUUCACCUUCCAGGCAGGUAUUGUCCCCUAUUCCACUGCAGCCGAUCUUUCAGGCACGUGUUGCCCCCUCUGCAGCUUUGCUUAAGGUGUUUACAAAGAUACUUGUGGCUCUCAGGCCUAGCAAUCUUGAUUUAUCCCAGGGCUAGAGGGAUCGAGCAGCCAGCCAACAGGUCCCAAGACUCUGUUACUGGGAUCCCUACAAAUCCACACAGAACACUCAGUUCAAAAAGAAACUAACAUUGCUGUGCAAACUCAAUAAAAUACAAGUAACCAAAACAUGUCAGAAAACAUACAGAAAAUUAUAAUAAGAUAGUUAUAAGGGGGUGGGGAAGACAAUAACCUACACAAUAUAUCUCCUGCUUGCUGAAUUCACAAUAUGCAAAUCUACCUGAAUAUGCAAAUUAACAAGCCUUCCUAUUCAGGUAGUGCAUAUUUCUGUUACCACGAACAGAGGGCGCUAUAUAGACUCCAUAACCAAAUCCACCUAGUUGGUAGCAAUCAUCAGCAUGACAGGAAAGCAGACAAAAUAUUUUAAAUAAACCCUGCACCUAUAAUGGGCACAGGGUGACUAAAACAUUAGAAUAGUCCAGGGACCUACAUAAACAGUCUGUCUGAAGUUCCUGGUGAUGGUGACUACGGUCACAAUAUUGUCUGCUCAGACUCAGCCAAAUUCAGAAAAGUUUAUUGGGACCAAAUGACCCAAAAUAUACUGAAAAGCAACCCUGGAGUUUUUAGGAAAAAAAGUGUAAUAUUCUGCAAUGGCUGAGUCAGUCAUCUGAUCUCAACCCGAUUUACCAUGCAUUUCACUUGCUGAAGACAAAACUUAAGGCAGAAAGAUCCACGAACAAACAACAACUGAAGACAGUUACAUUAAAGGCCUGCAAAGCAUCACAAAGGAGGAAACCCAUGGUUUGGUGAUGUCCAUGCGUUCCAGACCUCAAGCAGUCAUUGUCUGCAAAGGAUUCUCAACAUUUUAUUUAUGAUUGUGUUAAUUUGUCCAAUUAUAUUUCAGCCCCUGAAAUAAGGGGACUGUGUAUGAAAAGGAUUACAAUUCCUAAACAUUCACAUUUUUCUUGAAUUAAAACUGAAAGUCUGCACUUAUUUUGCAUCUUGGGUGUUUCAUUUCAAAUCGAUUGUGGUUGCAUACAAAGCCAAAAUUCUGAAAAUGUGUUAGAGUCCAUACAUUUCCAGACCUAAUUGUAAGGCUGGGCAGCAAAGUGUUCAAGUAUAUCUCUGAGCUGCAGACAGGUUUUCAUGUCAGUAAUUAUCAAAAGGGAAAUAUCAACUGAAAAUGUAUUUAUAACCAUAGCCUUGUUAUGUGUGAUCAUCAUCUACUGUAACUUCGGGUCUUUGAACCAAAGGAAAACCCAAUGAUCCCUUAGCUGAUGGAGAGGCGGGGAUAUGGCAUUAAAUUUCCACUGCCCCUCCUCUCUACAAAUGAACAGCAUGCCGCUGGUACCCAAUUAAAGGACCACUAUAGUGCCAGGAAAACAUACUCGUUUUCCUGGCACUAUAGUGCCCUGAGGGUGCCCCCACCCACAGGGUCCCCCUCCCGCCCAGCUCUGGAAGGGGGAAAGGGGGAAAAACUUACCUUUUUCCAGCGCUGGACGGGGAGCUCUCCGCCUCCGAUCCUCCUUCUCUCCUCCCCGUCGGCUGAAUGCACACGCGCGUCAAGAGCUGCGCGCGCAUUCAGCAGGUCGCAUAGGAAAGCAUUAUCAAUGCUUUCCUAUGGACGCUGGCGUGCUCUCACUGUGAAAAUCACAGUGAGAAGCACGCAUAGCGCCUUGUGUAGACAGCCACUAUAAGGAAUAGGGAAGGCUUAACCCAUUCAUAAAACAUAGCAGUUUCUCUGAAACUGCUAUGUUUAUUAAAAAAUGGGUUAACCCUAGCUGGACCUGGCACCCAGACCACUUCAUUAAGCUGAAGUGGUCUGGGUGCCUAGAGUGGUCCUUUAAGGCUAUACUACCUAAUAGGGUUUUAAGCAAAGUUCUGUUCCCACAGUACCUGCUCCCAACAGUCGCUUGUGGUUAAUGUGACAGGGUGAGUGUGGCAUGGUUGGGGUCUGUGUAUCACAGGGUUGGGGUGAAUUUGCCAUGGCUGGAGGAGGGAGUUUGACAGGACGAGGGGAGGUUAGUGUGACAAGAGUAAUGAGUGGUGACAGUGUAUGGGGGGGGGGGAGGUUGAAUGCAUUUGGGGGGUGACAUUGUGUGUGUGGAGGGGUGACUGUGUGUGUGUGGGGAAGGGGGGUGACAGUGUGUGGGGUGCACCACUCCCCCCUCCUCCUAAGUUGCUAGGUAAAGCAGUAUACAACUGAUCUUUAUUUUAUAAUAUGUGCCUGGUGAAGUGGCUGUCUGAUGUAAAAUUAAAAAUUAAAAGACUAAUAUCCUGCUGCCCUUUCCACCAAUUGUAUAGAUCCGGGGCCAUAGAACCCUACACCUGGGGCUUCAGCACGCAAAGACAAACAGACACACACCCACAGACACACACAGAGCAAUGUGUGAUCUCCUAAUUGUAACUGUGAUUCCAGUAUUUUAUCCUUAACCAAUACUUGACUCACAAAUUUGAUUAAAGCAGAGUCAGUAUGACUCCUGCUGGAUUUACCGCUACAAGUAAAAGGUGAUUCAUUUAUAUUUUAGGUUUUUCAUUGUCCACCCUGAUGGCUCGGGCACUGAACUUCUUCGAAAACGGGAAGUGGAAGAUUAUUUGGCGUCCUGCUACAGUGAUUCUAAAACAGCAGUGAUAGAAGAGCCUGCCCAGGAGAGACCAGGUAUACAGGCCCAUCGCUGUUAUACUGCCCAUAACUGACAAGGAUGGAGGGCUAGUGUCAGGGCUACAGAGUCACCAACAGGCCUGGGACCCACUGGUACGGUUACAGAGCAACCAACAGGCCUGGGACCCACUGGCAGGGCUACAGAGCCACCAUCAGGCCUGAGACCCACUGGUAGGGCUACAGAGCCAUCAACAGACCUGGAACCCACUGGUAGGGCUACAGAGCCACCGACAAGCAUUGGACCCACUGGUAGGGCUACAGAGCCACCGACAAGCAUGGGACCCAUUGGCAGGGCUACAGAGCCACCUAGGACCCACUGAUAGGGCUACAGAGCCAUCAACAGACCUGGAACCCACUGGCAGGUCUACAGAGCCACCAACAAGCAUGGGACCCACUGGCAGGGCUACAGAGCCACCAACAGGCCUGAUACUCACUGCCAGGGCUACAGAGCCUAGGAUCCACUGGCUGGGCUACAGAAUCACCAACAGGCCUGAUACUCACUGCCAGGGCUACAGAGCCACCAACAGGCCUGGAACCAACUGGCAGGGCAUUUAAUUUAAGUUAGAUAAUAUACUCUGUACUGAGGACUUGAUGAAGGUAUGUCCCAAAUUAUAUCACUUAUCAUUAGAGAAUACAAACGUUUAUUAUAUCAUUAUUUAUAAAGCCGCAACAUCCCCCUCACUGUAUUCAAUGUGAUAUACAGCAGGUAGUAUGUUCUGUGACCACCUUUAUUUCUCUGUCCCAGGAGUGCAGAGCAUUACCGUCCUAAAACCCUUCCCAGAUACAUCACAGUGGAUCCUGAAGAAGCAGUUAGCGAAUCUGUCUCCGACAAAUCUUAUCUCCCGCACAUGGGAAGACUUUCCAGCCAGCGAGGUACCUAUUCACAUUUCUCGUGAUGUUUGGUCACUAAACAGUGAGUUAUAAUGAGCUGAGAUUUUAUACAUUAUUUAAAACAAAAUGGUAUAAAAUGUAAUUUACUCUUUUAUUCUCUUAAACAAUAAUAAAUAACUAUAUUACAAACAAUUAUGAAUGAACAUGUUAUUGAAUUUUAAAAAUGAAGAAUUGUUGCAGAGCUCUAGUCCUGACAUUCUCCAUCGACUUUUUCACGAACUGGAACAAGGCGCUGAAAAGUGAAUAACGCUGCCCCCCCCACCCCACCCCCAGUAACUGGACGACACCGUUCUGGGAGAACAACUGAAGAUUUCUUUGAGGACAAGUUCUUUUAUAGACAGAUCCAGAUUGGGGUCUCCAUAAAGUAACAUACAAUCCCCGCCCAGGCGUCUCUAUGUCUGGGAGAUAAUGGAGUCAAAGACCAGUAAAUUAAUUAUUUCCCAGAUACAGAGGACCAAACCAAAAAACAUAAAAAGUACCCCAAAACAGUUCAAUCAUACAGGAACCCCACUUGUCUUUUAUCCCCAAAUAGCCCUGAUCUGAACGCCCAAGUUGUCCAAAUAGAGCUCAGAUCCAUGCAGUGUAGGGGAAUCGCCAUCGAGGUAAAGUUCUGACCGGAGGCACACAUGGAUGAUGCCAAAAAUAGUUCCAUGAGAAACAGGGGUUUUGUCCGUUUAACUUUCGGGAGUUCCUGUAUUUGAAGAAAUGAGGGCUCCCCAUGGCUUGUAGGGAGUGAUUGCUCCCCCCAGUCCAUAGUACCUUCCCUCCAAUUAGCGCUCUCCUGGCAUGUCUGUAAGGGGGCAGAACAAUAGUACAAUUUCCCCAGGAACCACGUGGUAGAGUUCCCGAAAUUAGUUCCACAGUGUCGACGGCCAAGUACCGCUGCCAGCAUUCGGGAGACAAAAAGGGCGCCAUUUUACAGAGCACGUGUAUUGGGUUACACGAAUGGAGGCCACCCAGAGCACUAGAUGUAGUUCGGGAGAGGGAAGAUAUAGAGCCAAGGGACCCAGAGUGUUCAAAAAAUACAACGAGGAGAACACUCAUUCGGGAAACAAACAAGGGGAGUACGAGUAACCGAACAGACAUAUGACCAGGUCUGCUACAAGAAUCUUAGUAGAAAAAAAUAAAAAUAAAUAAUAAUUACAUUUUACUUCAAAAUUUCUUUUUAUUUUUAAUAUGCAGGAGACUAUAAUACAAUGUAUCCUUUCUUUUCCAAAUUGAUUUUCUAGCAGACUAUUGUCCUUUCAGUGUUUUAUUAACAGACAAGGUAUGCCUGGCUUACAAGGAUCUAAUCGUUCUACUUGACUGAAAUUAAACAAAAUGUGGACAAUCCUGAGAUUUACUGAAAUAUUACAUUCAGUUAAUACAUGAGUCCGUAAAAUAAAAUCUGUAAUAACUAAAUGUCUGCUUUCAGAGAAAGACUCCGGGGCCCCCACUUGGCAUUGGAUCUUAUGAAGGGCUCUGUUUUAGUUCCAGUAAGGUGGUCACACCUCCUCCACCUGUCCAGAAAUGCCCUAAAGCCCUCCAGAUCCGUCAGCUCCUUCUAUACCAAUCAAUCAGCAAGUCACUGCGAGAGAGACUGCAACUGUCACUCAAGGUAGGGUUAAAGGACUCUGUACUCAGUAUGCAUUGCAACCGAACAAAUGACUCUUGCAAUUACCUGCUCAUCAGUUCAAUAUGGGGGAAAAGAACUAUCAUUGGCCUUGAGUUAAUAUUUUUGCAUAUGUUUUCAAAUGAUUAAAUAUUUUGAAAAUUAGUUUAAUAUCUGACGAAGGUGCAUGUCUUAAGCACCGAAACGCGCGUCGGGUCCUCCUGUCACUCUUUCACUAUUUUUCCGCACUGUGCACUUUACACUUAGGGCAGGCAACCAACACUCUAAGUAUGGUUCUGCCCUUUUACACUAUUUAGUGCAUCAUUCACUUUGUCUAUUUCCUCUCUUUUAAUCUUUGAUUUUGUCUCUAGAUAAGUCAGUAUGGGGGAUAUAAUAGUAGCUUUUAUUACUUUCCUAUCGUUUGUAGUAACAUCUCUUUAAAUUGAUACGCUUUAUGGAUGGUCAAAUUUUGUUUCAUAUGACUUGACACAUAUAAGCAAUACAGUUAACAUUAUAGAGUCUACACUGAUAGGGAGACCCAAUGGUUUUGAUGUUUUCCCUUUGGGUAUAUUUCCCUAUGAUCACCUCUAAGUAUCUGGGACAUUUUUUGUAAUUGUUUCCACUGAGCAUUAUAUUAUUUUGCAGACUGUGACACAGCUAUUAGGAAUAAAGUCAGAGAGUCUUGCUAGCUUAUUAAUCAUAGUGGAUUUAAGAGAGGUUUAGCUGAAAGGGUUAGUUUGUGUGUCUAUUCACAAUUUUGAAAAUUCUUAGGGUCUGGAUCUUAUUGACCUUUCUUUAUUCUAUUUAUUAUUAUUUUUGAUUUCAUUAUUUUUUCCAGCUAUAUGCUAUUGAUUAUCUAUUUAUCUAUUUAUCUCCAGUGAAAGAGUUUUGUCACUGAGGUUAUACUUCAGUGAAUAGAGUUUUUUUAUUUUGAUUCAAUUUUAGUUUAAUAUCUUGAUACAUAUUUGGUCUGUUGAUAUAAUUUUUAUAUAUGAUGUAUCUUUGAUAUUUUAAAAUUUAGAAAAAAUAAUUCAAAUCAAGUUGAUCCAAUAAUAUUAAGUCAUUUGAAUAGCGUAUCCAAGAAUAUUAUAUUGGUAUUAACACACACUGGAUUAUUCACUAAAGUGUCAGUUGUUGGAAAUUCAAAAUGAAUUUCAAAUAUUAUAUAUAAUACUGCUUGAUCCAUGCAUUUCACAUUAUCUGAUUCCUGUACAGUAAUUACACACAUUGUUUACCUUACUAUUUACUACGGCCCUCGGCUGGGUGUCUCUGUUACUGCUUGAUCCAUACAUUUCACAUUAUCUAACUUGACCGCCUCAGACUUUGCAACUCACUUCACUGACAAGAUCUCUACAAUCAGAGAAGAGAUCUCUCAUCUUUCUUCACUCCCUCUGCUGUUCUAUGUUCAUUUGCACCCGCUACAUUGGAAGAGGUUUCUGCUCUCCUCCAGUCCUCCCGCCCCACCACCUACUCUCUAAAUCCAAUUCCCUCGCAUCUCAUCCGUAUUCUGUCUUCUUCUCUUUCUCCACCUCUCACUAAAAUUCUCAAUCUCUCUCUCUCCUCUGUUAUAUUUCCAUUGCCCUUCAAACAUGCAACUGUAACCCCAAUUCUAAAGAAGCCUGAUCUUGACCCUAACUACCCAUCCAACUAUCGUCCUAUCUCGCUACUGCCUUUUGCAUCCAAGAUCCUUGAAAAAAUUGUGUAUGCGAGAUUGACAGACUUCCUCGAGUCCAACUCUCUGCUAGACCCGCUUCAGUCUGGUUUCCGCGCUAAGCACUCUUUGGAAACGGCACUGACCAAAGUAUCCAAUGAUCUACUCGCUGCAAAAUCUCUUGGUCACUACUCUAUCCUAAUUCUCUGCAAUAUCGGUCUACAAGAUAUUGCACUCUCCUGGUGCUCCUCCUACCUCUCCCAUCGCUCUUUCAGUGUUUCUUUCUCUGGCUCUGCUUCUUCUCCCAAGCUCCUCUCUGUUGGUAUACCCCAAGGUUCAGUCCUUGGUCCCCUACUGUUCUCCAUCUAUACUGCCUCCCUUGGUAAACUCAUUAGCUCCUUUGGCUUCCAAUAUCAUUUCUAUGCAGAUGUCACGCAAAUCUACCUGUCCUCCCCUGAUCUCUCCCCGUCCCUCUUGACUAGUGUCUCUGACUGCCUCUCUGCUGUUUCUAACUGGAUAGCUGCCCACUUCCUUAAACUAAACUUGACCAAAACUGAAAUUCUGGUAUUUCCUCCCUCAAGUGUUGUUACUCCUGUGUCUGUCUCCUUCCAAGUCAACGGUGCUACCAUCAGCUCCACCACGCAGGCUCGCUGCCUAGGUGUUCUCUUUGACUCCGACCUCUCCUUCAAGCCUCAUGUUCAAUCUAUCGCCAAAUCCUGUCAUUUCCAUCUCAAAAACAUUGCGCGCAUCCGCCCCUACUUAACGUCAGAUGCGACUAAGGUGUUGGUCCAUUCCACUGUCCUUUCUCGCCUUGACUACUGUAAUCCGCUUCUUAGUGGUCUUACGUGCUCCCAACUAGCGCCGUUACAGUCCAUAAUGAAUGCGGCGGCGAGGCUCAUCUUCCUGUCCGCCCGCACCCCCCAUGCCUCACCCUUCUGUCAGUCCCUACAUUGGCUUCCUAUAAAAUAUAGAGCUCAAUUUAAAAUUCUGGUUUUCAAAUCUCUACAUAAUGCUGCUCCCACCUAUCUAUCCUCCCUUAUACACAAGUAUGUGCCGUCUAGGCCCUUACGAUCUGCUGAAGACUUACGUCUAUCUUCUGUCCGUACUCCCACCUCUCAUGCUCGCCUUCAAGAUUUAUCGAGGGCUGCACCGUUCCCGUGGAACUCGCUUCCCUCCUCCGUUAGAUGCUCACCCAGUCUCCACUCCUUCAAAAAAUCGUUAAAAACCCACUUCUUCAUAAAAGCGUAUCAAUUAAACUGUUAAUAGCUUCUGACUGAUUACUCUUCUGCAACUGUCACUAGUCUAAUACUAUCCUUACCUUUUUGUCUCAUUUUACCCCACUCCCUCUAGCAUGUAAGCUCAUUGAGCAGGACCCUCAACCCCUCUGUUCCUGUGUGUCCAACUUGUCUGGUUACAACUACAUGUCUGUUCGUCCACCCAUUGUAAAGCGCUGCGGAAUUUGACGGCGCUCUAUAAAUAGCGUUUACCUUACUAUUUACUAUGGCCCUCGGCUGAGUCUCUCUGUUACUACUUGAUCCAUACAUUUCACAUUAUCUGAUUCCUGUACAGUAAUUACACACAGUGUUUAUCUUACUAUUUACUAUGGCCCUCGGCUGGGUAUCUCUGUUACUGCUUGAUCCAUGCAUUUCACAUUACCUGAUUCCUGUACAGUAAUUACACACAGCGUUUACCUUACUAUUUACUAUGGCCCUCGGCUGGGUAUCUCUGUUACUGCUUGAUCCAUGCAUUUCACAUUAUCUGAUUCCUGUACAGUAAUUACACACAGUGUUCACCUUACUAGUAACUACGGCCCUCGGCUGGGUAUCUCUGUUACUGCUUAAUCCAUACAUUUCACAUGAUCUGAUUCCUGUACAGUAAUUACACACAGUGUUUACCUUACUAUUUACUACGGCCCUCGGCUGGGUAUCUCUGUUACUGCUUGAUCCAUGCAUUUCCUUCUGGUUGAUUGUACACACUAUAUACACGCUAUAGUAGAUUCUGGUCGUUACAGAUCAUUAAGGUCAUUACAGUUCCACUGCGAUGCUAGCUCUGAAUUGUAUAAAGUAAUUAUAUUCAAUAAGGCCUUAUAAGGUUAUUAUUAGAGCUUCCAGUAUGAGGAUUGAACACUGGCACUAACACUUCAUGGGAUUAUUUUUAGGGCUAUGUCGACAAGAUCCUGAAGAAGGAGGAAUACUUGAAGGAGAUCAACAUAAAGGACCCCAGAACAGAAGAUGAGAGAGAACAUGCUGCGGAUCUGCUCAAACUUGUACUGGUGAGAGCAAAAUUGUAUGGCGGGUGGUUGGAUGUGGUCUGUAGGAGGAUGUAUGGCGGGUGGGAGGAUGUGGUCUGUGGGAGGAUGUGGUGUUUGUCCCUGUGAGAGCCAUAUUGUAUAGUAUGUGGGAGGAUGUGGUGUUUAUCCCGGUAUAAACAUAUUGUAUAGUCUGUGGGAGGACGUGGUGUUUGUCCCAGUGAGAGACAUAUUGUAUAGUCUGUUGGAGGAUGUGGUGUUUGCCCCCGUAGAGACGUAUUGUAUAGUCUGUGGGAGGACGUGGUGUUUGUCCCAGUGAGAUCCAUAUUGUAUAGUCUGUGGGAGGAUGUGGUUUUUGUCUCGGUAUAGACGUAUUGUAUAGUCUGUGGGAGGAUGUGGUCUCUGUCCUGGUGAGAGCCAUAUUAUAUAGUCUGUGGGAGGAUGUGGUGUUUGUCCCGGUGAGAUCCAUAUUGUAUAGUCUGUAGGAGGAUGUGGUGUUUGCCCCGGUAUAGACGUAUUGUAUAGUCUGUGGGAGGAUGUGGUGUUUGUCCUGGUGAGAUCCAUAUUGUAUAGUCUGUAGGAGGAUGUGGUGUUUGCCCCGGGAUAGACGUAUUGUAUAGUCUGUGGGAGGAUGUGGUGUUUGUCCCGAUGAGAGCCAUAUUGUAUAGUCUGUGGGAGGAUGUGGUGUUUGUCCCGAAGAGUGCCAUAUUGUAUUAGUCUGUGGGAGGAUGUGGUGUUUGCCCCGGUAUAGACGUAUUGUAUAGUCUGUGGGAGGAUGUGGUGUUUCUCCCGAUGAGAGCCAUAUUGUAUAGUCUGUAGGAGGAUGUGGUGUUUGUCCCAGUGAGAUCCAUAUUGUAUAGUCUGUGGGAGGAUGUGGUGUUUCCCACAUCCUGUGGGAGGAUGUGGUGUUUGUCCCGGUAUAGACGUAUUGUAUAGUCUGUGGGAGGAUGUGGUGUUUGUUCUGGUAAGAGUCUUAUUGUAUAGUCUGUAGGAGGAUGUGGUGUUUGUUCUGGUAAGAGUCUUAUUGUAUAGUCUGUGGGAGGAUGUGGUGUUUCUCCCGAUGAGAGCCAUGUGAUAUAGUCUGUGGGAGGAUGUGGUGUUUGUGCCGAUGAGAGCCAUAUUGUAUAGUCUGUGGGAGGAUGUGGUGUUUGUCCCAGUGAGAUCCAUAUUGUAUAGUCUGUGGGAGGAUGUGGUGUUUCCCACAUCCUGUGGGAGGAUGUGGUGUUUGUCCCAGUAUAGACGUAUUGUAUAGUCUGUGGGAGGAUUUGGUGUUUCUCCCAAUGAGAGCCAUAUUGUAUAGUCUGUGGGAGGAUGUGGUGUUUGUCCCGGUAUAGACGUAUUGUAUAGUCUGUGGGGGAUGUGGUCUCUGUCCUGGUGAGAGCCAUAUUAUAUAGUCUGUGGGAGGAUGUGGUGUUUGUCCCGGUAUAGACGUAUUGUAUAGUCUGUAGGAGGAUGUGGUGUUUGUCCCGGUGAGAGCCAUAUUGUAUAGUCUGUGGGAGGAUGUGGUGUUUGUCCUGGUGAGAGCCAUAUUGUAUAGUCUGUGGGAGGAUGUGGUUUUUGUCUCGGUAUAGACGUAUUGUAUAGUCUGUGGGAGGAUGUGGUCUCUGUCCUGGUGAGAGCCAUAUUGUAUAGUCUGUGAGAGGAUGUGGUGUUUGUCCUGGUGAGAUCCAUAUUAUAUAGUCUGUAGGAGGAUGUGGUGUUUGCCCCGGUAUAGACGUAUUGUAUAGUCUGUGGGAGGAUGUGGUGUUUGUCCUGGUGAGAUCCAUAUUGUAUAGUCUGUAGGAGGAUGUGGUGUUUGCCCCGGUAUAGACGUAUUGUAUAGUCUGUGGGAGGAUGUGGUGUUUGUCCCGGUGAGAUCCAUAUUGUAUAGUCUGUAGGAGGAUGUGGUGUUUGUCCCGAUGAGAGCCAUAUUGUAUAGUCUGUGGGAGGAUGUGGUGUUUGCCCCGGUAUAGACGUAUUGUAUAGUCUGUGGGAGGAUGUGGUGUUUGUGCCGAUGAGAGCCAUAUUGUAUAGUCUGUGGGAGGAUGUGGUGUUUGUCCCAGUGAGAUCCAUAUUGGAUAGUCUGUGGGAGGAUGUGGUGUUUCCCACAUCCUGUGGGAGGAUGUGGUGUUUGUCCCGGUAUAGACGUAUUGUAUAGUCUGUGGGAGGAUGUGGUGUUUGUUCUGGUAAGAGUCUUAUUGUAUAGUCUGUAGGAGGAUGUGGUGUUUCUUCUGGUGAGAGUCUUAUUGUAUAGUCUGUGGGAGGAUGUAGUGUUUGUCCCGGUAUAGACGUAUUGUAUAGUCUGUGGGGGGAUGUGGUCUCUGUCCUGGUGAGAGCCAUAUUAUAUAGUCUGUGGGAGGAUGUGGUGUUUGUCCGGAUGAGAUCCAUAUUGUAAAGUAUGUAGGAGGAUGUGGUGUUUGCCCCGGUAUAGACGUAUUGUAUAGUCUCUGGGAGGAUGUGGUGUUUCUCCCAAUGAGAGCCAUAUUGUAUAGUCUGUGGGAGGAUGUGGUGUUUGUCCCGGUAUAGACGUAUUGUAUAGUCUGUGGGGGGAUGUGGUCUCUGUCCUGGUGAGAGCCAUAUUAUAUAGUCUGUGGGAGGAUGUGGUGUUUGUCCGGAUGAGAUCCAUAUUGUAAAGUAUGUAGGAGGAUGUGGUGUUUGCCCCGGUAUAGACGUAUUGUAUAGUCUCUGGGAGGAUGUGGUGUUUCUCCCAAUGAGAGCCAUAUUGUAUAGUCUGUGGGAGGAUGUGGUGUUUGUCCCGGUAUAGACGUAUUGUAUAGUCUGUGGGGGGAUGUGGUCUCUGUCCUGGUGAGAGCCAUAUUAUAUAGUCUGUGGGAGGAUGUGGUGUUUGUCCCGGUAUAGACGUAUUGUAUAGUCUGUAGGAGGAUGUGGUGUUUGUCCCCAUGAGAGCCAUAUUGUAUAGUCUGUAGGAGGAUGUGGUGUUUGUCCCGGUGAGAGCCAUAUUGUAUAGUCUGUGGGAGGAUGUGGUUUUUGUCUCAGUAUAGACGUAUUGUAUAGUCUGUGGGAGGGUGUGGUCUCUGUCCUGGUGAGAGCCAUAUUAUAUAGUCUGUGGGAGGAUGUGGUGUUUGUCCCGGUGAGAUCCAUAUUGUAUAGUCUGUGGGAGGAUGUGGUUUUUGUCUCAGUAUAGAAGUAUUGUAUAGUCUGUGGGGGGAUGUGGUCUCUGUCCUGGUGAGAGCCAUAUUAUAUAGUCUGUGGGAGGAUGUGGUGUUUGUCCCGGUAUAGACGUAUUGUAUAGUCUGUAGGAGGAUGUGGUAUUUGUCCCCAUGAGAGCCAUAUUGUAUAGUCUGUAGGAGGAUGUGGUGUUUGUCCUGGUGAGAGCCAUAUUGUAUAGUCUGUAGGAGGAUGUGGUGUUUGUCCUGGUGAGAGCCAUAUUGUAUAGUCUGUGGGAGGAUGUGGUUUUUGUCUCAGUAUAGACGUAUUGUAUAGUCUGUGGGAGGGUGUGGUCUCUGUCCUGGUGAGAGCCAUAUUAUAUAGUCUGUGGGAGGAUGUGGUGUUUGUCCCGGUGAGAUCCAUAUUGUAUAGUCUGUGGGAGGAUGUGGUGUUUGCCCCUGUAUAGACGUAUUGUAUAGUCUGUGGGAGGAUGUGGUGUUUGUCCUGGUGAGAUCCAUAUUGUAUAGUCUGUAGGAGGAUGUGGUGUUUGCCCCGGUAUAGACGUAUUGUAUAGUCUGUGGGAGGAUGUGGUGUUUGUCCCGAUGAGAGCCAUAUUGUAUAGUCUGUGAGAGUAUGUGGUGUUUGUCCCGUUGAGAUCCAUAUUGUAUAGUCUGUGGGAGGAUGUGGUGUUUGCCCCUGUAUAGACGUAUUGUAUAGUCUGUGGGAGGAUGUGGUGUUUGUCCAGGUGAGAGCCAUAUUGUAUAGUCUGUGGGAGGAUGUGGUGUUUGCCUCGGUAUAGACGUAUUGUAUAGUCUGUGGGAGGAUGUGGUGUUUGUUCUGGUAAGAGUCUUAUUGUUUACCCUGUAGGAGAAUGUGGUGUUUGUUCUGGUGAGAGUCUUAUUGUAUAGACUGUGGGAGGAUGUGGUGUUUGUCCAGGUAUAGACGUAUUGUAUGGUGUGUGGGAGGAUGUGGUGCUUGUCCCGGUGAAAGUCAUAUUGCAUAGGCUGUGGGAGGAUGUGGUGUUUGUCCCGAUGAGAGACAUAUUGUAUAGUCUGUAAGAAGAUGUGGUGUUUGUGCCGGUGAGAACCGUGUUUUAUAAACUGUGGGAGGAUGUGGUGUUUGUCCCGAUGAAAGCCAUAUUGUAUAGUCUGUGGGAGGAUGUGGUGAUUGUCCCGGUAUAGACGUAUUGUAUAGUCUGUGGGAGGAUGUGGUGUUUGUUCUGGUAAGAGUCUUAUUGUAUAGCCUGUAGGAGAAUUUGGUGUUUGUUCUGGUGAGAGUCUUAUUGUAUAGACUGUGGGAGGAUGUGGUGUUUGUCCCGGUAUAGACGUAUUGUAUAGUCUGUGGGAGGAUGUGGUGUUUCUCCCGGUGAGAGUCCACAGAUUGUGUCUGAAACCUUUUUUUUUUUUAACAUUUCUUCCAGUCAUUCACAGACUUUGAGGAGUCAUCACAAGUCUUUAGUCUGGAACACAUUGAAGGUAAUGAAUCUUCAUUUCUUUGACAUACUCAUUCUGACAUUACAAUGUAUGGAUGGACCUUAAACGCUUCUCUUGUGUUUUGGUUUCAAGCAGACAUUGCCUGUCUUUACCAGAAAGCUAUUUCACCAGAUUCACCACCUCCUCCUCCUGUGGCCAAGUCUCAGAGGAGUGUGGAAGAUUGGGAGAAACAAAGGUAGGAGUACUGUAUCCCUUGAUCAAUCCCAUUCAGUUUCGUUUUUGUAUCCUAUUUAUGUUGCACAAGUUGCUUCAAGUUAUUGAUAUUUCUGGACUGACUCUGAUAUUGAUUUGGAGUAAAGCCAAGUGACCAUGAUCACCUCAACAUCACCUUGGUUCAGUGAGUGAGAGGUAUGCCAGCUUUCUGCUUCUCAAGCUUUUUAAUCUACUGCCCAGGCCACUUACAGCUUCCUCCGAGUAGUCUGCCCUGUCAACCACUCUCGUUUCACAGACUAUAGGGGCCCACGUGAGUAUUUAGCAGCCUCUGUCAUGCUUCCAGACCUGUAUGUAAGUGCACUAAGUAAAUUAAGAUCUCAGGCAACAAUGUCACAUUUGUACAUUCACUGCUAGAGUCCCACUUGCUGAGUUUCUGCAGUGUUUUCUCAAACAGGAUUCUGGUGUAAAAAGUCCCCUCCAGAGCAUGUUCCUGACUAGUCCUUUCUACUUUGCCAAGCUUGUCAUGUUGAUAUCCAGUGUAUGACAUGCAAGGCUCAUGACUAAUCCAAGUCAUAGUUUGUAAUCCAGUGUAGUGAAGUUGCUUUCGACCCUUUCUUGUGGACACACUACUGAAGAUAGUGGAGAUACAGAACAGUAAGCCUCGAGAUCGGUCUACUGGCAGAAAGAGUGAGGUCCAGGACAGACAAACACACAGACAGGACAGACAGACAGACAUAUAAUUUUCUUGUCAGUGAGCAGGAUAAUUAAUUAUCAUUAAUUCUAUCAUCUCUUCUCUCUCCAUGCAGCCAGGGUGGAGUGACCUGGGUAUCUCUGUGGCCAGGCAGAUUAGAGCAGGACAGGUAAAGGAAGUUUUCAGGAUGGUUUAUUUCAGUCUGUCUGUCUGUCAGGAUUAUUUCAGUCUGUCCGUAACAGCCAGCAAAGGGUUGAGCAGGGAUCGUAGAACAUCAGUUUGUUUCCAUGGUGAUUGUUCUUUACGUCUGUACCACCAUAAAAUGUCUCGAACAUACAGAUAAUUUACAGAAAAUUUCAUCCAGACUUUCCAAAAUCAGAGAUUUAUUUAAUAUAAAGGAAACAUUACUUGUGAGGAUACCUCAUUAAAUAGCAAUGACAGUACUAUUACCUGACAGGUGCAUAGUCGCCAUAUAGGCAGACGGAAUCAUAACAAAAAAACCCACAUACCGAACUCAAUAAAACACACACUAGGGUAUAUGGGUCAAAAUUGGCCACAGAUUUUAUUAAUAAUAGUAUUGGUAAUAAAUUAACAUUGAAAAAGGUCAUUGCCCCACACCCUGCCAUACCACAUCCGUAUCCCCACAGUUCGAUAUAAAAGGCAAUGACCCUUAUAUAAACACAUAAUAUAUAACAGUAUUUCAACAUGAACAUAGAAACAUAGAAUGUGACGGCAGUUAAGAACCAUUCGGCCCAUCUAGUCUGCCCAAUUUUCUAAAUACUUUCAUUAGUCCCUGGCCUUAUCUUAUAGUUAGGAUAGCCUUAUGCCUAUCCCAUGCAAGCUUAAACUCCUUUACUGUGUUAACCUCUACCACUUCAGCUGGAAGGCUAUUCCAUGCAUCCACUACCCUCUCAGUAAAGUAAUACUUCCUGAUAUUAUUUUUAAACCUUUGUCCCUCUAAUUUAAUACUAUGUCCUCUUGUUGUGGUAGUUUUUAAUUCUUUUAAAUAUAGUUUCCUCCUUUACUGUGUUGAUUCCCUUUAUAUAUUUAAAUGUUUCUAUCAUAUCCCCCCUGUCUCGUCUUUCCUCCAAGCUAUACAUGUUAAGAUCCUUUAACCUUUCCUGGUAAGGUUUAUCCUGCAAUCCAUGAACCAGUUUAGUAGCCCUUCUCUGAACCCUCUCUAAGGUAUCAAUAUCCUUCUGAAGAUACGGUCUCCAGUACUGUGUACAUACUCCAAGUGAGGUCUCACCAGUGUUCUGUACAAUGGCAUGAGCACUUCCCUCUUUCUACUGCUAAUACCUCUCCCUAUACAACCAAGCAUUCUGCUAGCCUUUCCUGCUGCUCUAUUACAUUGUCUGCCUACCUUUAAGUCAUCAGAAAUAAUCACCCUAAAUCCCUUUCCUCAUAUGUUGAGGUCAGGACUCUAUCAAAUAUUCUGUACUCUGCCCUUGGGUUUUUACGUCCAAGAUGCAUUAUCUUGCACUUAUCCACAUUAAAUGUCAGUUGCCACAAUUCUGACCAUUUUUCUAGUUUUCCUAAAUCAUUUGCCAUUUGGCUUAUCCCUCCUGGAACAUCAACCCUGUUACAUAUCUUAGUGUCAUCAGCAAAAAGACAUACCUUACCAUCAAGACCUUCUGCAAUACCACUAAUAAAAAUAUUAAAGAGAAUGGGUCCAAGUACAGAUCCCUGAGGUACCCCACUGGUGACAAGUCCAAGCUUCGAAUAUAUUCCAUUAACUACAACCCUCUGUUGCCUGUCACUCAGCCACUGCCUUACCCAUUCAGCAAUAUUGGAAUCCAAACUUAAAGAUUGCAGUUUAUUGAUAAGCCUUCUAUGUGCAACAGUGUCAAAAGCCUUACUGAAAUCUAGGUAAGCAAUGUCUACUGCACCUCCCUGAUCUAUAAUUUUAGUUACCCAAUCAAAAAAAUCAAUAAGAUUAGUUUGGCAUGAUCUCCCUGAAGUAAACCCAUGUUGUCUCUGAUCUUGAAAUCCAUGUGUUUUUAGAUGUUCAUCAAUCCUAUCCUUUUAACAUGGUUUCCAUCACUUUCCCCACUACUGAAGUAAGGCUUACUGGCCUAUAGUUGCCCGACUCCUCCCUAUUACCUUUCUUGUAAAUGGGCACAACAUUCGCUAACUUCCAAUCUUCUGGGACUACUCCUGUUAACAAUGAUUGGUUAAAUAAAUCCGUUAAUGGUUUUGCUAGUACACCACUAAGCUCUUUUAAUAGCUUUGGGUGUAUUCCAUCAGGUCCCAUUGACUUACUUGUCUUUACUUUUGACAGUUGAAAUAGAACCUCUUCCUCUGUAAACUCACGUGUAAUAAAUGACUCAUUUAUCCUUUUUCUCAACUGUGGUCCCUUUCCUUCAUUUUCAUCUGUAAAUACCGAACAAAAAUAUUCAUUGAGGCAGUCAGCUAGACCUUUAUCCUCUUCUACAUACCUUCCUUCUUUUGUUUUUAAUCUAACUAAUCCUUGUUUUACUUUUCUUUUCUCAUUUAUAUAUCUAAAAAAAUUUUUAUCCCCCCUUUUUACUGACUGUGCUAUUUUCUCUUCUGUGUGUGAUUUGGAAGCUCUUAUAACUUGCUUAGCCUCUUUCUGCCUAAUCUUAUAGAUCAUUUGUCUUCCUCACUCUGGGUUUUUUUUAUAAUUCCUAAAUGCUUUUUGUUUUUAACUAUUUUGGCCACAUCUGCAGAGUACCACAGUGGUUUCUUGAAUUUUUUGCUUUUACUGACAAGCCUAAUGCAAUUUUCUGUUGCCUUCAAUAGUGCAACUUUUAAAUAAACCCAUUUCUCUUGGACUCCAUUUAAAUUGCUCCAGUCUGAUAAUGACUCCUCUACCCAUAUUCUAAUUUUAGAAAAGUCUGUUUUUCUAAAGUCUAAAACUUUUGUUUUUGUGUGGUGUGACUCAGUCACUGUUCUUAUAUUAAACCACACUGACUGAUGAUCACUGGAUCCUAAACUUUCACCUACAGUAACAUCUGAUACCAAAUCUCCAUUUGUUAACACUAAAUCUAGUAUGGCCUCUUUACGAGUUGGCUCCUCAACAACUUGUUUUAGAGACAAUCCCAGUAGGGAGUUUAGAAUAUGUGUGCUCCUGGCACAAGUAGCUAAUUUUUUUUCCAAUUUACAUCAGGAAGAUUAAAGUCACCCAUGAUGAUAACUUCCCCCUUCAUUGUCAUUUUAGCUAUUUCCUCAACUAGUAGAUUAUCUAACUCUUCAAUUUGUCCUGGUGGCCUAUAAAUCACACCUACACGAGUUACUGUGUGAUUACCAAAUUCUAACGUAGCCCAAACGGACUCUAACUUAAGUGGCAACAUUUUAAUUAACCAUGGUAGGGGUAUACCUGGGUACCCCAACCCCACCAGGUUCUUAGCCAUCGACAAGCUCGAAACCUACCAAACUUACCAAGAACCAUAUUAACCAUUUCCAUAACCAUCCUAAUGGGGAGCCUAUUUCCUAUCCUUCAGCUCCCUAUCCUGCCGCUGUGACAGAUUAUUGUUAAGAUGGCUGCCUAUUUAUAUAGCCCAGCCCCUCACCCCCUAACGACCAAUCCCUACAUAGCUUUCGUCUAUGCCCGCCUCCUAGCUCUGUCAAGGCCCAUUUCCACUAAGCUGUGCUUUUGUUACAUGGGGCUACAUUCUGGUGUACCGCAGUUUGGUGGAGCAGCAAUCCGGUUCUGCUAAAUCCUGCUUUGGCCUCUUACAGCCAAUCAUUUUGUGUUGUGUAUAUUUUUGCACAGUUAUCUGUUGUCUGUCUAUACACUUAAAGGAACACUACAGGGUCAGGCACACAAACGUGUAUUCCUGACCCGACACUGUUAAAAACACCAUCAAGCCCCCCUUCCACCUUGUCCCCCUAUUUAUAGUAAAAUCUUACCUUUAUUCCAGUCUGCUGCUACUGGCUCUUACUCUGAUCUGCCUUCUUGGGUGACCUCAUCAGAAGUGGUGACCUGAGCCAAUCACAAUGCUUCCCCAUAGGAUUGGCUCAGACUGUCAAGGAGGCAGAUCAGGGGCAAAGCCAGCACAAGUCAAACACAGCACUGGCCAAUCAGCAUCUCCUCAUAGAGAUGUAUUGAAUCAAUGCAUCUCUAUGAGGAAAGCUCAGUGUCUGCAUGCAGAGGGUGGAGACACUGAAUAUCAAUUCACACUGUGCAGCACUGCCCCAGGAAGCACCUCUAGUAGCCAUCUGAGGAGGGGCCAGUGGAGGUAUCCCUAGGCUGUAAUGUAAACACUGCAGUUGAACUGAAACAAAGCAAAACAGUGUUUACAGAAAAAAGCCUGAAGGGAAUUAUUAUACUCAGCAGAACAAAUACAAUAAGCUGUAGUUGUUCUGGUAACUAUAGUGUCCCUUUAAUAUCCUAAACUGAGAUCAGAGGAUCUGGGUAAUGUCAGGAACGCACUCAUUAUAUACAAUUAUUUUUCAUUGAUGUAUUGCAAUAAAUGUACAAAUUGUGUUUUACAAUAAAAGUUCUGACAAAUAAUACAUAAAGCUGUAGUAAUAAUACACUGAGCUUUAAUACUACAAUAAGCUGUAAUACAAUGAGCUGUAAUAAUACACUGAGCUUUAAUACUACAAUAAGCUGUAAUACAAUGAGCUGUAAUAAUACAAUGAGCUUUAAUACUACAAUAAGCUGUAAUACAAUGAGCUGUAAUAAUACACUGAGCUUUAAUACUACAAUAAGCUGUAAUACAAUGAGCUGUAAUAAUACAAUGAGCUUUAAUACUACAAUAAGCUGUAAUACAAUGAGCUGUAAUAAUACACUGAGCUUUAAUACUACAAUAAGCUGUAAUACAAUGAGCUGUAAUAAUACACUGAGCUUUAAUACUACAAUAAGCUGUAAUACAAUUAGCUGUAAUAAUACAAUGAGCUUUAAUAAUACAAUAAGCUCUAGUUAUUAUUAUUGCCAUUUAUAUAGCGCCAACAGAUUCCGUAGCGCUUUACAAUAUUAUAAGAGUGGGUAUUUAACUAUAAAUCGGACAAUUACAAGUAAACUUACAGGAACGUUAGGUUGAAGAGGACCCUGCUCAAACGAGCUUACAGUCUAUACGAGGUGGGGUAUAAAAACACAAUAGGUCAGGAAAUAGCAAUCAAAUAGGGUGGGAGUGAAGCAGAGCUGGAGGAGAGAGUAGAGUGCUGCCCUUUAAGAGAGAGCAAGAGACGGGUAUGUAAGGUAGAGGUUACUCUGGGAGGCCAUAAGCUUUCCUAAAGAGGCAGCUCUGCGGCUGUGAAGCCAACUCAUAGCUCCAGGGUCUCCGCUGGGGCUUGCGCCUCUCUCCAGUGGCUAUCUCCACUUAGGCAGCCCCGAGGAGAGCAUUUCUUGGGCAACUACGAGCCUGGCCUCACAGCUCCCAGGGAGAGGAAGUCAGUGAUUAUAGCUCCGUUAUUUGCAGAUAGGGCAAUCCGAAGUGCCAGUACCCUAAUAGUAUCCCCACCAACCUCAGAGACCCCGCAAGGGAAGCGUCUCUUUUCGGGAUACGAAUGCUCCCCCUGGGUGGCGUUCACCUAUACGAAUGGCUGCCACCCAGGGGAGCACUCAUUAAUUACUUUCCUUUUGGUUUCACACUUAUGAUGCCGGUGCGAACGUUCUGAUUGAUUGGUGUGAACAUUCUAAUGGGGUACCGGGGUGGUCCGCGUUCGGGAGACGAACAGGUUCCAUUCGCAUAAGCGCUCCCGAAUGGUCAACAGGGCAUAUUACACGAAACACAUAGAAAUACAUGGGGAAACGUACAAUUCACAGGGGAAAACACCCAAACGAGCAGUGGGCAUGGUAUUCAGUGACGGCAGUCUGCCACAGGCAGCAUAAAGAGAAAAUAAAAGGGGACCAAGGACAGAGCCUUGGGGGACUCCAACCGAGACAGGACAAAGGGAGGAGGUAUCAUUAGAAAAGGAGACACUGAAUGAGUGUUGGGAGAGAUAGGAGGAAAACCAAGAUAGGACAGUGUCACAGAGACCGAGUGAUUGAAGAGUUUGAAGAAGGAUCAGCGGUGUCAAAGGCAGUAGAGAGGUCAAGAAGAAUUAGUAUGAAGUAGUGGCCUUUGGAUUUAGCUGCGAUUAGGUCGUUAGUAACUUUGAUAAGAGCAGUCUCAGUAGAGUGGAGGGGGUGGAAGCCAGAUUGAAAAGGGUCAAGGAGAGAGUUGGAAUUGAGGAAGUGAGACAUAUGGGUAAAGACAAGUCUUUCCCAGAAGCUUUGAGGAAAAAGGGAGCAGGGAUAUGGGACGAUGGUUAGAGGGGGAGGACGGGUCGAGAGAUGUGUUACAGGGGCAUGUUCAAGGUCAGCAAGGACAAUGCCAGAAGAGAGAGAGAGCAGCUGAAGAUGUGUAUUAAGGAAAGCACAAGAGAUCUGAUAAGGGGAGAGGGGACAGAAUCAAUCAGGCAAGUGGUGGGGCAAGAGGAAAAGAGAAGCGCAGCCACCUCUUGUUCAGGAAAAAGUCUGAUGCAUAGGAAAGGCAUGAUCUACAUGUGGUUGAGAAAGAGAAAGGCAGGGUGGGGAGAAUUCUUUCCUUAGCUGUUCAGUCUUGUCAUCAAAGUAGCAUGCAAAGCUAUCGGCCAUAAGGUUAGUUUGAGGGUUGGCCACAGCAGGGCAAAGAAGAGAAUGAAAGGUGCAAAGAGACACCUGGGAUUGCAAGAGCAUGAACUAAAAAAACUAAAAAGAGAGGAAAAGUAUGACUGUUUGGUGAGGGCAGGGGCUGCGUUGUAUGAACACAAUAUGAAUCUAUAAUGGAGAUUGUGACGGACCGUCUGUCAAAUCGAUGCUCCUAGCGCUUACCAAGGACCAUCAGCACCGCACCGGACACCAUAGCCACCGCAGACUCCACGAACCUCCGUAGCUUGGUCUCGCCGUCUCCUUCCCACCCUGGUCCAACCUCUGGACCCAGGAACGUGUGGGAAGGACCUCUCCUGCAGGAGGGUAUAGCUGUGGGAAGGACCUCUCCUCCAACAUAGUGUAGCUGUGGGAAGGACCUCUCCUCCAGGAGGGUAUAGCUGUGGGAAGGACCUCUCCUCCAGGAGGUUAUAGCUUUGGGAAGGACCUCUCCUCCAGGAGAGUAUAGCUGUGGGAAGGACCUCUCCUCCAGGAGAGUAUAGCUGUGGGAAGGACCUCUCCAUCAGGAGAGUAUAUCUGUAUAGCUGAAGAGAGCUCUUACAAGAGCUAGCAGUGAUAUAGCAGUUAUAGCUGUUCCCUACAACACGAGACGAGGCUGGUUUAUUGAGCACAAAGGCAUUUCUUUUAUACCUAUUUUCAGGCCAGAGGCACACCCCCUGGACCUGAUGAAACACAGGGACAAAAGGGACACAAACCAAUAGGAACAAUAAUUAACAAAGUAACACUCUCACAUACAGUCAGCGAGCCCUUCCCUCUGCCUGUGAUAUAAUUAAGAUAGCUAAUGGAAUAACUUAAUUAUCCACAGGCAGAAAAUAUAAAUUUUUACACAAAGUUCAGAAACAGCCCAAAACUCAAACAUAUCCCCAUAAAUUAUACAUACCUGGAUAGCUCUGAUCUGGGCGAACAACAUAUCCAAAAAUCACCCAGAUAGUAUGGUCUAUAUUCCAUACUAAGUUCUGUUCAAAUUCACGAACGGGGCCGUUCGUGCAAAUAGUCAAAGUUAAAAUGGCGUUUGAAUUGUCGAACACUGUUCGACUCCAGACGAAGUUCUGGAGAAGGUAAAGUUCAGCAGUGUUCAUGCCGUCGCGUGUCCGAUUUGAGUUCCUUGACCUCAACGACCAAACACCGCUGAACGCGUUCGACUGAAUUAAAAUGGCCGCCUCCACGUCUUCGAAUGGCGGUCACUUUGACUACUUCAGCUGUAUCCGAAGUGCCACUUCGAAAGUGCAAAUCUUUUCCAAUAAUAUUUAAAGGGGCAGAAACAGUGCUUUAAAAUCCAAUAUGCACAAAUAGAGUUUUAAAAAUAGCAAGACACCCCAGGGGCCAUAGUCACAGGGCAAGAGGCUGGCAAGCAGGCCUCUCCAAAACCCAGUGGCGAAGUGCAAUUCGUCACAGAGAUAGUCUGCCUGGGUGCGAGACUUCCUCCAGCAGCAUUCAGCACAACUGAAGCAACUUUGCAGGUAGCGUGUUGAUUUAGUAUGCCACGGUUGGGGGCGUGUUCUCUUCAAGGUGCAUAUUUGAAGUGGGGCUGCAGCGUUCAUGGCACAGGUAAGGGUAGUGAUAUAUGUGGAGAUGGCCAGUGAGGGACAGGAGAGAGACGGGAUGGAUAGCAGUUGUGAAUCAAUAUCGGCUGACAGCUGCUGGAGCUCAAUAGAAUUAAGGUUCCUCCUGAGUUGAGGGGGGUUAAGCUGAGGUUGUUGGGUGAGGGGGUAUUCAAGAACAAAUGAUAAGAGGUGAAACGGAGUGUUGGAGAUAUUAGACACUGUACAUGCAUAAGAGAAAAUGAGGUCGAGGGUAUUGUGUCAGGAUUACAGAAUGAUCCAGCACGUAGAAUUGUAUAACACAGAGGACUGAUAGGUAACGUAUACCGGACCUUAGAAUGGCCGGACUAACGUACCAAAGAAUAGUCAGGAAUAGCCGAGGUCAAGGGAAACAGAAAGAGACACAACGAUAAGGAAAAGCCAGGAGUCCGGGAUGCCAGAAAACAGGGAAGUCAAAAACAAUGCCAAAGUCAAAUAACCAGAAUUACCAGAAUCAAUAAUGCGCUUUCGGACAACCACAACAGGGCACUGAGCAGGAUGAGAACUGGGCCUAAAUACCCCUCCCCUAGAUCUGAUAGGCUGUAACCGGCCUUUGACCCCAAAGGCAGUUACCAGGUUCUCAUUUGCAUAAUUGCUGCUCAGCAUUAACCCUUCUGUGGAUUUGGUUGCUGCUCGGCACAACUUUUCCUGUGUGGACAGUAAAUGUCAUUAACCACAUUUUUAUAAGCGGAUGAAUACGUGACAUAUUGCCAGUUACAGGGGUUGGAGAAUUAGCCCACUGUAAUAGCCCGAGGGAGGAAGUAAUUGAAAGUAGUUUAGAGGCUGCUGAGGUCAGGGGAUGGUUAAUGGGAACAUUGAAGUUCUCGAGAAUUAGGGAUGGUAUGUUAGAGGAGAGGGGAAGUAGGUUAGCCAGGCAGCAAAGUGGUCAAGGAAGAGGAGAGGGGUACCGGGGAGAGAUAAAUAAUGGCAAUGUUACAAUAAGCUGUUAUAAUACACUGAGCUGUAUUACGGAGUAAUAGUACACUAAGUUGUAAUAAUAUAGUGAGCUGUAAUAUUACGAGCUGUAAUAAUACAUUCAGUUGCAAUAUUACAAAGAGCUGUAAUAAUAUAAUAAUUUGUAAUACACUAAGCUGUAAUAAUGUACUGAGCUGUAAUAUUACUGUGGUAAAACCAGCCCCUUAAGAAAUGUAUGUGGGUAAAAUGUUUCAUUUUUCGUUUAUUUUCCCUUUUAUUACAUGUAAAUGUAUAGGGCAUUCGUGUGCUUGCAGCAUACGAAUGCCGCCAGCGUUCCGCUUAAAGUUCCACGAACAGUGAUUUUCAAACACUGUUCAUGAAACGAACCAACUGCCGAAUGGGAGACUACACAACGGGGAUCGUGUGUCUCCCAUUAACUACUGCAUCAAUGUAUCUCCAGUUUAUUAAUGGAUUUCGUGGGUGGCCGCCGUUUGUAUACCGAAACGUGGCGGCGGCCAUCUUUGUUCACGAAAGUACAGCAGUGUUUGGUUGUCGAGUGCCUGGAACUAAAAUCGGCUACUCGACUUACCAGACACAGCUGGAUUUCCAGGCCGUUCGUGUAAAUAAUUAUUUCGGUAGAUUAAAGCUUUUCGUGUAUUUUCCAAGUACAAUGUCUGUUCACCUAAAGUGUAUUUCGCAUGGCGUUGGGUUAUUUCUGCAGGGAUCUUAGCAGUAAUUCACCAGACGGUGCGCUCAGAUCCCAUUCGACUAAUUCCGCUCACUAUUUUACAAGUUAUGGAUUUUAAUGUAUAAUGGUAUAUUUUACUGUACAUUCUUACACCAUUAUCUCUCCUGUACAGCAUGGCCUGAUGGGAAAAGACCUUGCAGGGUCAGUUUCCCACACAGUCCCCUUGAUUAAAACCCCUGUAAUACCAGUUGGUAAACCCCUUGCAUGGGGAGCUGCAUAAAUACUGUAACCUGUGAAUAAAAGCUCAGUUGACCUAUGUGUCGUCUAGUUCUUGGGAGAAAGAGAUUGUUAUUACGCUACCUGUGUUUUACCUGCUUUCUCCUGACUACCAGUGGAGAUACCAUGAAUUAACCCCUACUACUCCGCUACAAUUACAAUGCGCUGUAAUAAUGCACUGAGCUGUAAUAAUUCAACGAGCUGUAAUAAUACACUAAGCUGCAAUAAUACAAUGAGCUGUAAUAUUACAAUGAGCUGAUAAUACACUGAGCUGUAAUAUUACAUAGAGCUGUAAUAAUACAAUAAGCUGUAAUAAUACAUUGAGAUGAUAAUACACUGAGCUGUAAUAUUACAUAGAGCUGUAAUAAUACAAUAAGCUGUAAUAAUACAUUGAGAUGAUAAUACACUGAGCUGUAAUAUUAUAUAGAGCUGUAAUAAUACAAUGAGCUGUAAUAAUACAAUAAGCUGUAAUAACACACUUAGAUGUAAUAAUACAAUGAGCUAUAAUAAUACAAGCUGUAAUAACACACUUAGCUGUAAUAAUACCAUUAUCUGUAAUAAUACAAUAAGCUGUAAUAAUACAAUUAGCUGCAAUAAUACAAUGAGCUAUAAUAAUACAAGCUGUAAUAAUACAAUGAGCUGUAAUAAUAUAAUAAGCUGUAAUAACACACUGAGCUGUAAUAAUACAAUGAGCUAUAAUAAUACAAGCUGUAAUAACACACUUAGCUGUAAUAAUACAAUAAGCUGUAAUAAUACAAUGAGCUGCAAUAAUACAAUGAGCUAUAAUAAUACAAGCUGUAAUAAUACAAUAAGCUGUAAUAAUAUAAUAAGCUGUAAUAACACACUGAGCUGUAAUAAUACAAUGAGCUAUAAUAAUACAAGCUGUAAUAACACACUUAGCUGUAAUAAUACAAUGAGCUGUAAUAACACACUUAGCUGUAAUAAUACAAUAAGCUGUAAUAAUACAAUGAGCUGUGAGAAAAACUACUUUAAUUCACUAACUGUAUUUGACAUAUUUCAUUGCUUAGUUUUGUUCACUUUAUCAUAAAAUAAUUAUUUUACCAUGUUCACAGGCAAGAAAUCCUGGGGCACAAAGAGAGUCUCAUGGCUUUAAGGAACCGGGAUAUCCCACCCUAUUUUCAGUCUGAAUUGGGGGUUGCCUUUCUCCAAACACAGGUACGAUAUAUACUCACAAAUACUGGUAAAACCCUGGCCGGGAGGAGUGUGUAUUAAAUACACUUUCUGUAAAUUCUGUUAUUCCAGACUAUUAUUUAACCCUUUCUAUUUCCUCCCACAAGCUAAAGCACAAAGUGGGAUUAUCUUUUACGAGAUUAUGAUGGUAGAUUCACUGUUUAGUGGAUUAACCCCUGCUUUCACAGAGACUUCUUGUUUGUAUAAUAGUAAAUCAAACCCUGCCAGCAUACAGCCACGUGCCCUGAAACAGAAGGUCCUACUGGAAUAUGGAAAGAUAAACAAAUUGUUUUAACACAUACAGGAUUAUUGACUAAAGUGAGAAUUUAAAGGGAAUUUCAAAUCCAAGGUCAAAAUAGCCGUACUGGAAAAUGUAAGGUCCCUUUAAGGAUUUGGUACCUAGGAGUUGAAUGAUUAAGCCCCGGGUUUUGUAACUUCAAUCUGUCCUAUUCCGGUUGAUUUGUACAGGUUCCAGAUACAGAACAUCUCUCUAAACAGCUGCCACCAUUCAUAAGGGAAAAGAAAAAGACAGAAGAACCAUUGGCUGAACCGGACAAGAAUCCUGGAGCAGGUAUCUGCUUACAUUGUAACAUUGUCAUCGAGCUGAGACCUUCACACCCAAAAGAAAAGGGGGGAAAACCUGGCUGCAUACUCCAUCUGUGUCUUAAAAUGGGGGGAAAUUCGUCAAAAAUUUAUAUUUCUCAGAUUUCACCCAGAAACAUUGAGCUAUUAUUAGCCAUAUGUUUGUUAAUGAGUUAUUCUGGUAAAACACAUAUAACCCACUUUCUAUUGCAUCUGGCAAUAAAUUCCAUUGUUUGAACAUUUUUUGCUUCUCUAAGUUAAAUCUCCAUCAUUCUAGUCUAAGUGGAUGAGUUGACAUUUUCAUUGUUCAUUUUGUGUGAAUGGGCUUAUUAGAACAUCGGUAUGGUGGAGAUUGGAUAGUUUAGAAUAGGAUACUGUCCAGGGAGGGCUUAUUAGAACAUCGGUAUGGUGGAGAUUGGAUAGUGUAGAAUAGGAUACUGUCCAGGGAGGGUUUAUUAGAACAUCGGUAUGGUGGAGAUUGGAUAGUUUAGAAUAGGAUACUGUCCAGGGUGGGUUUAUUAGAAUAUCGGUAUGGUGGAGAUUGGAUAGUGUAGAAUAGGAUACUGUCCAUGGAGGGUUUAUUAGAACAUCGGUAUGGUGGAGAUUGGAUAGUGUAGAAUAGGAUACUGUCCAGGGUGGGUUUAUUAGAACAUCGGUAUGGUGGAGAUUGGAUAGUUUAGAAUAGGAUACUGUCCAGGGAGGGUUUAUUAGAACAUCGGUAUGGUGGAGAUUGGAUAGUGUAGAAUAGGAUACUGUCCAGGGAGGGCUUAUUAGAACAUCGGUAUGGUGGAGAUUGGAUAGUGUAGAAUAGGAUACUGUCCAGGGAGGGCUUAUUAGAACAUCGGUAUGGUGGAGAUUGGAUAGUGUAGAAUAGGAUACUGUCCAGGGAGGGUUUAUUAGAACAUCGGUAUGGUGGAGAUUGGAUAGUUUAGAAUAGGAUACUGUCCAGGGUGGGUUUAUUAGAAUAUCGGUAUGGUGGAGAUUGGAUAGUGUAGAAUAGGAUACUGUCCAUGGAGGGCUUAUUAGAACAUCGGUAUGGUGGAGAUUGGAUAGUGUAGAAUAGGAUACUGUCAGGGAGGGCCUAUUAGAACAUCGGUAUGGUGGAGAUUGGAUAGUGUAGAAUAGGAUACUGUUCAGGGAGGGUUUAUUAGAACAUCGGUAUGGUGGAGAUUGGAUAGUGUAGAAUAGGAUACUGUCCAGGGAGGGUUUAUUAGAACAUCGGUAUGGUGGAGAUUGGAUAGUGUAGAAUAGGAUACUGUCCAUGGAGGGUUUAUUAGAACAUCGGUAUGGUGAAGAUUGGACAGUGUAGAAUAGGAUACUGUCCAGGGUGGGUUUAUUAGAACAUCGGUAUGGUGGAGAUUGGAUAGUGUAGAAUAGGAAACUGUCCAGGGUGGGUUUAUUAGAACAUCGGUAUGGUGGAGAUUGGAUAGUGUAGAAUAGGAUACUGUCCAUGGAGGGUUUAUUAGAACAUCGGUAUGGUGGAGAUUGGAUAGUGUAGAAUAGGAUACUGUCCAGGGUGGGUUUAUUAGAACAUCGGUAUGGUGGAGAUUGGAUAGUGUAGAAUAGGAUACUGUCCAGGGAGGGUUUAUUAGAACAUCGGUAUGGUGGAGAUUGGAUAGUUUAGAAUAGGAUACUGUCCAGGGUGGGUUUAUUAGAACAUCGGUAUGGUGGAGAUUGGAUAGUGUAGAAUAGGAUACUGUCCAUGGAGGGUUUAUUAGAACAUCGGUAUGGUGGAGAUUGGAUAGUGUAGAAUAGGAUUCUGUCCAGGGAGGGUUUAUUAGAAAAUCGGUAUGGUGGAGAUUGGAUAGUGUAGAAUAGGAUACUGUCUAGGGUGCGUUUAUUAGAACAUCGAUAUGGUGGAGAUUGGAUGGUGGAGAUUGGAUAAUGUAGAAUAGGAUACUGUCCAGGGAGGGUUUAUUAGAACAUCGGUAUGGUGGAGAUUGGAUAGUGUAGAAUAGGAUACUGUCCAGGGUGCGUUUAUUAGAACAUCGAUAUGGGGAAGAUUGGAUGGUGGAGAUUGGAUAAUGUAGAAUAGGAAGCUGUCCAGGGAGGGUUUAUUAGAACAUUGGUAUGGUGGAGAUUGGAUAGGGUAGAAUAGGAUACUGUCCAUAGAGGGUUUAUUAGAACAUCGGUAUGGUGGAGAUUGGACAGUGUAGAAUAGGAUACUGUCCAUGGAGGGUUUAUUAGAACAUCGGUAUGGUGGAGAUUGGAUGGUGGAGAUUGGAUAAUGUAGAAUAGGAUACUUUCCAGGGUGGGUUUAUUAGAACAUCGGUAUGGUGGAGAUUGGAUAGUGUAGAAUAGGAUACUGUCCAGGGUGGGUUUAUUAGAACAUCGAUAUGGGGGAGAUUGGAUGGUGGAGAAUGGAUAAUGUAGAAUAGGAAGCUGUCCAGGGAGGGUUUAUUAGAACAUCGGUAUGGUGGAGAUUGGAUAGUGUAGAAUAGGAUACUGUCCAGGGUGGGUUUAUUAGAACAUCGAUAUGGGGGAGAUCGGAUAAUGUAGAAUAGGAAGCUGUCCAGGGAGGGUUUAUUAGAACAUCGGUAUGGUGGAGAUUGGAUAGUGUAGAAUAGGAUACUGUCCAGAGUGGGUUUAUUAGAACAUCGAUAUGGGGGAGAUUGGAUAAUGUAGAAUAGGAAGCUGUCCAUGGAGGGUUUAUUAGAACAUUGGUAUGGUGGAGAUUGGAUAGUGUAGAAUAGGAAACUGUCCAGGGUGGGUUUAUUAGAACAUCGGUAUGGUGGAGAUUGGAUAGGGUAGAAUAGGAUACUGUUCAUAGAGGGUUUAUUAGAACAUCGGUAUGGUGGAGAUUGGACAGUGUAGAAUAGGAUACUGUCCAGGGAAGGAAUACAUGAUUCCCAAGGGGGGGACAGGGUACUUACAAUUCUGGGUGUGAUUCUCAUUGGAUGUAUCAGAGAAAUUGGAUGAAAUUAGUUAAUGGAUUGAACUACAUUUUGGUUGCAUUAUACACAUCAAACCAUUAGUUUAAGAAGCCACAUUUGGCAAGCUACUGUCUGUUGCUGUUUAGUGAAUAGACCUUCCCGAUACCUGUUGUGUUUUUUAGGAAGUGAGGGGGAUAAUGAUUCAAGACAAACCGAAUCUAGAGACACUGUUACUCCACAUCGCAUGGCAGACUGCGGAAUAGACAUGGCACCCGAUAACAAAAUUACUCUAUACCCAGGUGGGAGACAAAGCAUUCAUGUUUAUAUUACAAUGUUAAAGGUUCCAGCUCAUAAUCCCUUCAAUAUGAGGUUUUAGUACAAUUAAUUAGUAUUACGCAGCCUGUGUCAAGGCACACUUCAAUUAGAAGUGAUUUCUAAUGAGAAAAAGUAAAGUUUAUUUUAUAUAUAUAGCACUGAAUUAUCCCUAAUUAAUUAAAAUGAUACUAUAGUCACUAGAACAACUACAGCUUAUUGUAUUCUGGAGAGGAGAAUCAUUCCAUUCAGGCUUUUUGCAGUAAACACUGUUUGUUUCAGAGAUAAUGCAGCGUUUACAUUACAGCCUAGAGAUACCUUCACUGGCCACUCCUCAGAUGGCUGCUAGGCUUCCUGGGGCAGUGCUCCACAGUGUGACUGACAUUCAGUGUAUCCACCAUCUGCAAGCAGACACUGAACUUUCCUCAUAAUGAUGAAUUGAUUCAAUGCAUCUCUAUGAGGAGGUGCUGAUUGGCCAGGGCUGUGUUUGACUUGUGCUGGCUUUGCCCCUGAUCUGCCUCCUUGACAGUCUGAGCCAAUCCUAUGGGGAAGCAUUGUGAUUGGAUCAGACCACUACUUCUAAUGAUGUCAGCCAAGCAGAUCAGGGACAGGGGCAGCAGCUGCAGGCUUAAAUACAAGUACUAUUUUACUAUAUUUAGCGAGGCAAGAGGGGACCAGGGGUGCUAGAUGAUGGUUUUAACAUUAUAGGGUUAGUAAUACAUGUUUGUGUGUUUUAUAAGGAACUCCUCUUUUCCUGUCUGCAUGAAUGUGAGAGGUGCCAUUUUGUUAGAUGUCUCAGCCUGUUGGAGGUAGUUCAGGAAGCUGGGGACAUCCUGGGUGGCUGACUGACAGUGUUUAUAAUGAUGUUUGUGUAAUGUCACCCACUGCGAUGGAGAAAACUCAACAGAGCUGAUUAGGCUGUUUUACAUCAAAGACACAAAGACUUUCAACAAUCUUACGAGAGCACUGGGCAUGUCCACUCUGCGUAACCCAGCAGAUAUCGGCCAUUCCUAAAUGGCAAACUCCAAAGAGAGCAAUACAUGAAGUGGGUUUCACCUUUACAUAGCCAUUGUUCAAUCUAUUAUUAUAGAACAGUGUUUUCAAUAUAAUAAUAUAACCAAACAAAAAUAAUAUCAAAAAACAAACAAAAAGGGGGAAUAUACUAAUGAAACAUAAAUCAUUUUAAGAAAGUGCACAAUAAUAAGUAUAACUGUACCAUUGGGAGUGCCUUAUUUAGCAACCAUAAUGCAGUGCAAAGUGAAUUAACAAUAAAAGUAUGUAACAAUGUUUGGCGACCGGUUGGGGGAAAGAGCUAAGUAUGAUAUGGACACCGAAUGUCUUCUUCCUAAAUCGUCCAAGAACAUUCUUUUCUUUCUGAACUUCUGUUAUAAAGACAUGCUGAAAUCUCACACUUUCACAAGACCAUGUACAACAAUUAGCCUACUAAGAAAAUUUUAUCAUGUUCUGAAUUCAAACCAAUGAAUUAUCAAUUUUUUUUUUUUUUUUAUUUCUGCAGUCCAAGACGAGGCUGAAACAGAAGUCAGUUGGCCGGCGAUGAUUCCACCAAAAUAUUAUCAGCCUCUGGCCCGUAGUCUGAAUAUAGACGUAACAGGGCAACCCAGGAGAGAGAAAGUAAGAUUGCCAAAAUCAAUCCUUAUCUCCAAACCAGCAUCCGUUCCCAACAGAAAGGUAGGAUGACUUCAUGACCUGGCAGUACAAUAGCGAGAGCUUUGUAUGUAGGAAUUCAGACAUGGAAGGUUUUUGUAUAUGCAUUUAUAUUGUUGCUACGUGCUGACAAGUCUUCAUCUCGUGGUCCUAUCUCUUGAUAGUUUGUAGCAGCUGAAGAUCCAGUACGGUGCAAUACAAACAUGUCUAUGUCACCCCCGAGAAGCAGGGGUACGAAGCGAAUCCCAAGAGGCUUUCAUCUUUUUCCCUCAGCAGUCCAGUUUGGCAUUGUGCGAGAGGGCUACACUUACUCCAUGUCGGUCACAUUAAAGAACAUCGGUGUAGAAUUCUGCAGGUAAUUUCCCCAUUGUUUUGUUGUAUACAUUCCUAUUUUUUGCCCAUUGUUUUGUUGUAUACAUUCCUAUUUUUUGCCCAUUGUUUUGUUGUAUACAUCCCUAUUUUUAACAAUUCUAUGCACCACUAGGGUGCAAGCAGGUGACCUCAUAUAAGUGUCUCUUUUAAUACAAAAACUUUAUUGUUCUGUGUGAAAAAAAGCAUGAUAACAUAAACAAGCAAAGUUUCAUUAACACCCUAUGGGUUUCAUGCUAGGAAGCAUUUAAUGUCAGGGUCCAUGAGGAGCUGUAAUGAAAAUAGCCCAACUUACAUUGUAUGCACAUUUACAAUCCACUUUGGCAUUUCUUCGGCCCCAAUGUAAUCUUAAAUGGUUCAGUUCAAACAUGUUUUUAUUUAAUUUUAUCUAUCAAGGAAUCUAUUCUCUAUAUCCCGACAGUUGAUCAAUUUACUAUUGAACAUUGCACAAACUCUACUUUAAGGACAGUAUCUACAUGUAUCAAAACAUCUACACUCUACAGCAACCGCAAUGCCAGAAAAAAACAACUGUCCAUGGGUAGAAAAAGCAUUUAGAGAGAAGGUGAAGAAAAACAGUCCUCCUGUUACCAUGGGCACUGCACGAACAUACAGUCCUCCUGUCUCCACAGGCACUGCACAAACAUACAGCCUUCCUGUCUCCACAGGCACUGCACAAACAUACAGCCCUCCUGUCUCCACAGGCAAGGCACAAACAUACAGUCCUCCUGUCUCCACAGGCACUGCACAAACAUACAGCAUUCCUGUCUCUACAGGCACUGCACAAACAUACAGCCCUCCUGUCUCCACAGGCAAGGCACGAACAUACAGCCCUCCUGUCUCCACAGGCAAUGCACAAACAUACAGCCCACCUGUCCUCAUAGGAACUGCACAAACAUACAGCCCACCUGUCUCCACAUGCACUGCACAAACAUACAGCCCUCCUGUCUCCACAGGCACUGCACGAACAUACAGCCCUCCUGUCUCCACAGGCAAGGCACGAACAUACAGCCCUCCUGUCUCCACAGGCACUGCACAAACAUACAGCCUUCCUGUCUCCACAGGCACUGCACGAACAUACAGCCCACCUGUCCACACAGGCAAGGCAUGAACAUACAGCCCUCCUGUCUCCACAUGCAAGGCACAAACAUACAGCCCACCUGUCUCCACAGGCAAGGCAAGAACAUACAGCCUCCUGUCUCCACAGGCAAUGCACAAACAUACACCCCACCUGUCCUCAUAGGCACUGGCCGAACAUACAGCCCACCUGUCUUCGUACGCACUGCCCGAACAUACAGCCCACCUGUCUUCAUAGGCACUGCACGAACAUACAGCCCACCUGUCUUUGUAGGCACUGCCCGAACAUACAGCCUUCCUGUCUCCUCAGGCACUGCACAAACAUACAGCCCUCCUGUCUCCACAGGCACUGCACUAACAUACAGCUACUGUCUCCACAGGCCCUGCACAAAUAUACAGCCCUCUUGUCUCCACAGGCACUGCACAAACAUACAGGCUCCUGUCUCCACAGGCACUGCACGAACAUACAGCCCUCUUGUCUUCAUAGGCAUUGCCGGCACACACAGCUCUAUUGUCACCACAGGCUCAAAUCAGAUCACACCUUACACUGUCGCUUAGUGGAUAGAUAGGUUUUUGUACUUAAUGGAAACAUUGCAUAAAAUGAUUCAGAAACGAAGAUAUAAUAAAAGCAGUAAAUCAAAUGUUAAGAAGUACCAAUUGGUAAAGGCAUUUUAAAAGAAAUCCGAAACCAUUAGGGGGACACUCAACUCCGAAUCCCUAUGAUCGAUAUUAGUAAAUUUCAGGAAGAUAUUAGUAAGUUGUGAAGCCAAGUCUAGGUUCACUCAUCACUUGCCUUCUCUCCAAGACUGUGAACUGACAGAGAGAAGCUUCAGAUGAAAGAUUGGGCGGUUUGGAAGAUCAAGGAAGAAAUCUGUUUUGGAUUAUUGAAUACAGGUCCUAGGACCAAAUUCUUCAGCUUCAUUUUGAGGCAUCAGAAACAAUUUGUCUUCUGUAUUGGGUUUUGGCAUCAACAUGGAAUGUGUAACAAAGAGUUAUAUUCUAUGACUUGCUAUAGCCUGGCUCACCAGCUGAUGUUUCGCCAUGAACUUCUGAUUUUCGAGCGUGAUUAUCUGACUUUUUCCUAGUCUUCAAUUAUUAAGGGUAAAACAUUUGUGGUAGGGCCCUGUAUCCUGAUAGGGAGUUACAGACUCCAUCACUAUCCCCUUAGAGCACUCGUGGAGUUAGUGUUACAGGGUUACAAUCAUUUCUGUCAGUGGCUUACAAAUGGAGGAUUCUCUGUAAGGCCUUUCUACAGACAAUAUUUACUUGGAGUUUCUAGUUAUCCAUCUCUCCUGGGAGUUGCUGGUAGUAUUUACCACAACAGAGAACAUUCACAUUUUGCAAAGACAAAUGAUUUUGGCUCAUCAAAGACCCUGGGAAUGCUCCUCACAAAUAUCUAAGAAAUUCUACCAUUACAGGCAGGAGUGGACGGAAUGAUGAGAAAGUCUGAACAGAGAAAUCCUAAGAGAUUAAUAAAUUCUGUGCGGAAUGGUCAGUCUCAUUCCAGUUUGCUGACUAGAGAUAUAAUCUGAAGGCAGUUUUGCUAAAGGUUUCGAAUAGUUCUGACACAUUGAGGUUCACACCCAGAAAUGGAAUAUGAUGGCUAUAAAUUAUAUACAUCGUGUUAAGCAUUACUUUCUACCCACGAUCCUUUAACACUUUCAUUUUUACCAAUGUGUGUCUGGGAAUGGUCUGACAAUGGACCACCAGAAGGGACUGAAUUAGACCCAAUAUGCUUUUAUAAAUAAACCUAGAUAGAAUUGACGCAUUAUUGAGUGAUUGGUUUGCAGCAAUCUGUACACAGUUUUUCUCAAUUGCUUUUCAGAACAAGGAAAAUAUAAUUAUCUCCCAGAUAAGGAAAUAAACUGCUCGGUCAUAUUUAUUGGCCUCAUAUUGUUUAAUAGACAAUUUAAGUUUGUGAUUGAAAAGGAAUAUCUGCUUUUUUUAGUACAUGGACUCAGUAAAGAUCUAUUUAACCACAUUCUGACAACGUCAAGACUCUGGUACAAUGGUACAAGUUGAAGUUGUAGCUUAAUUACUGAUGUCCUUAGAAGGUCUGGAAUCUAGAUGGCACCACUUGAAAUUAUAGCUCUAUACCCCCAAGGUUCUUAAAAGGCUCCAGGGUGAUAGUUUCAGUUAAGGCUGGCACUCUACCAGUUAAGUCCCAAGAAGACAUGAAUUCUAGCACAAUGGCUGAUCUAUUGCUAACGUCCUCAGAACCCCUGACAUUUGCUUGAUGGAACAAGUUGAAGAUGUUUCCCUUCCACCCAUGUCAUUGCAAGGUUUGAACGUUGUGUAAAAGAGCAAAUGUUCGUCUUACCAAGUCCUUACAAGGCCUGGUCUCUCGCAUGAUGGCAGCAAUGGAAGUAACAGCUCUACCACACAUCCCUUAGAAUUGGGAUCCUAUGACAACCCUGAGGCACCAACUGGGGUAUUAUCCUUUCUGGGGCACCCUCUUAGGGCAUCAUCCUGGGGCACAAACCUAGGGCAUCAUCUAGUAUAUUAACUCUCUGGUUGCCCGGUACCUGCUAAAGGUUAAGAGUUGGCUCAUUUUAGCAUGUUAACUGAUGAAUGGACAGCUCUGUACAUAGAAGGGUUAAUUCUUGGCCUUCCUUGAUGAGAGGUAAGACCGCUCUCGCUCGGGCCAUCCGUAGCAUUUUCCAGAUGAAGGAAAUCGUGACAAGUUUGAUUUCUAAUCGGAGAUGAAAGAAAUGAAACUAUUAUUCAUACCCAGCUCAUCCAUAUACAUGUAAUACUGGUAAACGAUGCCAGCAGCCCCCCAUCAUUGCCUCCAGAACAGGGAUCUGGCAAUCAUUAAUAGCAACAGCUCUGUGUCCCAGAGACACCUCUGCAGAACAACUGCUGUCCAAGUGCACCUCCUAGUGGUCACAACUCAAAGGACAUGGAGCCCUCAUGCCAUUCUCCAUGACUACUGAAAAAAGGGUUAAUGGAAAAGUACAAAUCUUAUUGUAACAACACAAAAUGAACAUAAUACACCAUAAACACAAUACACCAAAUAACACAAACACAACACACCAAAUAACAAACACACACAAUACACCAAACACAACACCCCAUAAACACAAUACACCAAAUAACACAAACACAACACACCAAAUAACAAACACACACAAUACACCAAACACAACACACCAUAAACACAAUACACCAAAUAACACAAACACAACACACCAUAAACACAACACACCAUAAACACAAUACACCAAAUAACACAACACACACCAAAUAAAACAAAAACAACACACCAUAAAUACAAUGCACCAAAUAACACAAACACAACACACUAAUUAACACAAACACACACAAUACACCAUCGCUUGCCAGCUGCCCCAGAUUAUUUACAGCAGACUAUCGAGUCAAUAUAUACCGAAAGUUGUGGAAAUAUGUUAAAAUUAUAUUUACUAACUGGCAAACCGCUGCUGAUUUGCUCCCCAGAAGUCCUAUAAUGGGGAGAAAGCCAUGAUGGACAUUGCCAGUCCUCCCCUGCUGAGACGCAUUACCGGUGACUUGGCAUUCGCUCUCCAUAAGGAAUUCCAGCAGCAUUAUUAACUAAAGGGAGAAUUGCUGGAAUUCUAAGUGAAGUGGAAAUAAUCUCCCCGCCAGCUCUGCUUCCAGUUCUCCUGUAGUGACUAACUCUGCAUGUCUGUCAAGGAGCCGCCGUGUCCUCUAAUUUUCAGAUUUAGAUGAGCGGUUAUUCCUUUUUAUAGUAUGUUUAUUAAUGGAGUAAUACGAGUGUGGCAGCGGCAGAUCACGCUUUGGCGCUUUGUGGGUUUAUGUACUAAACAGCAAACUGCAGUGAACUGGAAAUCUGACUUAUGGGAGAGAGAGAAUUUUCCAGAUCCCUAGAUUUCACGGUUUAAUUAAGGAUAAUGGUCAUGAUGUAAGGUAAAAGAACAAUAGAGGAUCUUCAGGCAGCGGCAGUGUUCAAACCGCAAGCAGUUUUAAUGAAUCUAAAGAGGCAACAAAGACCUUGUAGAAGGUCGAAACGUGGAUCUGUCACCGCUUUAAUAAGUAUCUGCAUGUGUGAGAGUGAUUGUAUAUGUGUAUCUGUGUCAGUGCAACUGUAUGUGUGUCAGUGUUUCCAUAUGAAAAGGAGAAGCAGGGAGAGCUUGAGGCAGAGGAAAAUGCAGGAAGUGCCUUGGGCAGAGGGAAGAGCAGGGAGAGCCUGGGGCCAGAGAGGAGAGCCUUGGGCAGAGAGAAGAACAGGGAGAGCCUGGAACAGAGGAAAAAGCAGGGAGAGCCUGGGGCAGAGGGGAGAGCAGAGAGAGACUGGGGCAGAGGGGAGAGCAGAGAGAGACUGGGGCAGAGUAAAAAGCAGGGAGAGCCUGGGGCAGAGGAGAAGCAGGGAGAGCCUGGAACAGAGGAAAAAGCAGGGAGAGCCUGGAACAGAGGGGAGAGCAGGGAGAACCUAGGGCAGAAUAGAAGCAGGGAGAGCCUGGGGCAGUGGGGAGAGCAGAGAGAGACUGGGGCAGUGGGGAGAGCAGAGAGAGCCUGGGGCUGAGGAGAAGCAGAGAGAGACUGGGGCAGAGGGGAGAGCAGAGAGAGACUGGGGCAGAGUAAAAAGCAGGGAGAGCCUGGGGCAGAGGAGAAGCAGGGAGAGCCUGGAACAGAGGAAAAAGCAGGGAGAGCCUGGAACAGAGGGGAGAGCAGGGAGAACCUAGGGCAGAAUAGAAGCAGGGAGAGCCUGGGGCAGUGGGGAGAGCAGAGAGAGACUGGGGCAGUGGGGAGAGCAGAGAGAGCCUGGGGCUGAGGAGAAGCAGAGAGAGACUGGGGCAGAGGGGAGAGCAGAGAGAGACUGGGGCAGAGUAAAAAGCAGGGAGAGCCUGGGGCAGAGGAGAAGCAGGGAGAGCCUGGAACAGAGGAAAAAGCAGGGAGAGCCUGGGGCAGAGGGGAGAGCAGGGAGAACCUAGGGCAGAAUAGAAGCAGGGAGAGCCUGGGGCAGUGGGGAGAGCAGAGAGAGACUGGGGCAGUGGGGAGAGCUUGGAGAGCCUGGGGCUGAGGAGAAGCAGAGAGAUCCUGGGGCAGAGGGAAACGCAAGGAGAGCCUGGGGCAGUGGGGAGAGCAGGGAGAACCUGGGGCAGAAGAGAAGCAGGGAGAGCCUAAGGUAGAGCAACAUGCAGAAAGAGCAGGGAGAACCUAGGGCAGAAGAGAAGCAGGGAGAGCCUGGGGCAGUGGGGAGAGCAGAGAGAGACUAGGGCAGUGGGGAGAGCAGGGAGAGCCUGGGGCUGAGGAGAAGCAGAGAGAACCUGGGGCAGAGGGAAACGCAAGGAGAGCCUGGGGCAGUGGGGAGAGCAGGGAGAGCCUGGGGCAGAAGAGAAGCAUGGAGAGGCCAGGGCAAAGGAGAAGCAGGGAGAGCCUAAGGCAGAGCAACAUGCAGGAAGAGCCUUUGGCAGAGGGAACAGCAGGGAGAGCCUGGUGCAGAAUAUAAGCAGAGAGAGCCUGGUGCAGAAUAUAAGCAGAGAGAGCCUGGUGCAGAAUAUAAGCAGGGAGAGCCUGGGGCAGAGGGAAAUGCAGGGAGAGCCUGGGGCAGAGGGAAAUGCAGGGAGAGCCUGGGGCAGAGGGAAAUGCAGGGAGAGCUUGGGGCAGUGGGGAGAGCAGGGAGAGCCUGGGGCAGUGGGGAGAGCAGGGAGAGCCUGGGGCAGAGGGGAGAGCAGGAGAGCCUGGGGCAGUGGGGAGAGCCUGGGGCAGAGGGGAGAGCCUGGGCAGAGAGGGAGGAGCCUGGGGCAGAGGGGAGAGCAGGAAGAGCCUGGGGCAGUGGGGAGAAGCAGGGAGAACCUGGGGCAGUGGGGAGAGCAGGGAGAACCUGGGGCAGUGGGGGGAGAGCAGGGAGAACCCGGCAGCGGGGAGAGUAGCAGGGAGAACCUGGGGGCAGUGGGAGAGCAGAGAGCCUCAAAGUGAAGAGAAACAGGGAGAGCCUAAGGCAGAGCAACAUGCAGGAAGAGCCUUGGGCAGAGGGAAGAGCAGGGAGAGCCUUGGGCAGAGGGAAGAGCAGGGAGAGCCUUGGGCAGAGGGAAGAGCAGGGAGCAGAGGGAAAUGCAGGGAGAGCCUGGGGCAGAGAAAAACAUAUAUAUUGAAAAUAACAGCAACUAUGUUCAUUACAAACAUUUUGCUAUUAUGAGGGGUACAAUUUAUGGAGACGGACUGCCAAGGGGUACUCAAGUAAAAAAAGGUUGGGAACCACUGAUGUAGGGUAAUGACAUACCUUGCUGGCUACAGAGAGAAUUCCCUGUUCGUGUUUCAAUUCCAUGUUUUUCUUACAGGUUCCUUGUGAAGCCCCCUCCUCCAAGCAGUGGCCUGAGAGUAUCAUACACCCCCGGCCCGGUGAGUACCCCUAACCUGACUGCACUCCAUCCCACCACAGACAGUAAAAAGAUUACUGAGAUUCUGAUAGUGCUAACAUUUUCCCCAGAGCUUUAGAAUAGUAACACGGGAAUAGAAUAGAAAAUAACCUGUAGUGGUUAUGGUGCAUGGAAUGUCCCUUUAAAGAUAUCAGCUGAAAAUAGCAGCGAGUAACUCCCACCGAUCUCAAGCAGGCUGGGGCAUGCAGAUCCCUCUAUUUUUCUAAGAAUACAUUUACUUGAUCCACGGAUUCUAAAAACAAAUAUGGUAAAGGAUAUUAAGGACGACUGUGGACUUACCGUUUGUAGACACUAUCUACAUUCUUAUGUGUAUUAAGAUAUCUCCCAAACCCCAGAAUGGUAUUAUAUUCCCAUAACCCAUUCCCCUCACAUAGUCCUCUCUCAGCUCCAUCGCACACAGCUCACACACAGCUCCAUCGCAGACAUGCAGCUAGCUCCCAUCACACACAGCUCCAUCGCAGACAUGCAGCUAGCUCCCAUCACACACAGCUCCAUCGCAGACAUGCAGCUAGCUCCCAUCACACACAGCUCCAUCGCAGACAUGCAGCUAGCUCCCAUCACACACAGCUCCAUCGCAGACAUGCAGCUAGCUCCCAUCACACACAGCUCCAUCGCAGACAUGCAGCUAGCUCCCAUCACACACAGCUCCAUCGCAGACAUGCAGCUAGCUCCCAUCACACACAGCUCCAUCGCAGACAUGCAGCUAGCUCCCAUCACACACAGCUCCAUCGCAGACAUGCAGCUAGCUCCCAUCACACACAGCUCCAUCGCAGACAUGCAGCUGGCUCCCAUCACACACAGCCCCCAUCAUAGACAUACACCCCAUUCUCUUAACACGUAGCCUCUGUCACAGACAUAUGAGGCCUUCUCUCCCUCUUUGUUAAAUUGUGAGCACAGCACAUGUCACCAUUAGUGACCUUUCCCAGCAUGGUUUUUAGAAACAUAGAAUGUGACGGCAGAUAGGAACCAUGCGGCCCAUCUAGUCUGCCCAAUUUUCUAAAUACUUUCAUUAGUCCCUGGCCUUAUCUUAUAGUUAGGAUAGCCUUAUGCCUAUCCCACGCAUGCUUAAACUCCUUUACUGUGUUAACCUCUACCACUUCAGCUGGAAGGCUAUUCCAUGCAUCCACUACCCUCUCAGUAAAGUAAUACUUCCUGAUAUUAUUUUUAAACCUUUGCCCCUCUAAUUUAAGACUAUGUCCUCUUGUUGUGGUAGUUUUUUUAAAUAUAGUCUCCUCCUGUAAACUCUAGUCUCCUCUGCUGAGUGAUUGUGCAUUAUGAGGUCAUGUCAUGAUGUCAGCAGAUUUCGCAGGAUACACACUGAUACAUAAAACACCCCAAAACAUUUUUAGAGGUUAAAGUUUCAAAUGAAUGAGCAGCAGGACAUUGGGCAGUAGAGCAAUUCCAGCAAUAUGCUUUAUUUCCUGCAGGUGGCAGCAGGAAUGGAGACCAGACUGGACAUAGAGUUGUUUGCGAUGGCUGUUGGCCUGGAAGGACCCGAGGGGGAGGCUGAGUGGUCUCACUGUAUCGAGGUCCAAACGGAGGUGGAGACCCUGUUUCUGCCAGUUACUGCAAAUAUCCUUCCCUUGGAGCAGCCAUUGAAACAGCAAGCUAGGUCUAGUUUAAAAUUACCUGUACACAGUCAGUGCAGGGACAGCCGAAAAGGCUGCGUUUCUAGCAACUCACAGCAUUGUGCAUGA